AGUGCCUCGAGCGAUCAGGAUGGAGGAAGACACGAUCAGACUGCCGGCACACCUGCGUGAGUGUCACUUCCUGGAACUGAGGAGGGUGCAGGGCAGGGUGAGGGGAGGAUUCUUUAUUAUUAUUUUUUUGUUGUGGAAGAUAUGUGGGGAAGUACCCCGGCUUUAGAAUUUUCUUUGAAGCUCUUGCUGGUUUGAUUUUUAGUAUAUUAUUUUUAAACGACUCAGGUCAUCGUUUUCUUUCCCCACCACCACCUCCUAUCAAGGGUUUGGCUUCUCUCUCUUGACAGGGAAAAAUGUGGAGGUUUUAUUUUGUCAGGAAGCACUUAGUAUGUGUCCGUGUUUUAGGAAUUGCUCACUGAUAUGCUGUGGCACAAAGUCAGUUUCACUAACUGUGGUAAGUGGAGUACAUCUUUUCAAUGGGUAUUUUUCCAGUUGUUGUGAGUCUCAGUAGUAAGUAGUCCUGGAGCCCAGGCACUCUGCUACUCUCAGACGGAGGCAGUGAUGAACAAGGAGGAAAGGGCUAAUUUGUACAUGAAAGGAUAGUGCAAAGGAGGAAGGACGCCUUUAUAGCAAAAACUGGAGCUGGGAUCAAGGUGAGAGCCAGGCACUUCCUUGCUGAAUUAAUGUUUGAGGAAUAAGAAGGGCCAAGGUCUGUUGACCAGGGAGAGGUGAAUUAGUGAGAUAUGGUGGGGAUGAGAAAGAAUGGAAUUUUCCUUCUUAGGGAGGAAGCAGUUCUGAUGUAAAUUGAGAGAUUUUAAGAAAACUUUUAUCAGGUGUCACAUUCCUGGGGUACUUGAGCAGUAAGAAGCAGCAGGGGCCAAUGGCAAAUGUAACUUAGUAUGUUGCCAUCUGACAAAUGUAUUUGGGAUUUUGGAAAAGGAAUGGUCUCCUGAGGUGGUCUUUCAGGUUUGUUUGUUUGUUUGUUUGUUUUAAAGAGGGGGAAAAAGGGUUUUCAUUCCUGUCCUCAGCUGUUAUCCAAGUACGCUCCUUUUCUGGAUGCAAACUAUUCUCCCAGCACUUCAGUAAUCCUGUGCUCACACCCUUGAUGGGCAGUGAGUUGCAGUGCUCCAAGAUUGCUCAGUGCCCACACGUCUUUCUGCACAGUCCUGGUUUUGUUGCCUGUGCUGCAGCAUAACCCAGGUUGUACUUUUGAUGGGCUGGAAUGCAAGCUGGCACUGCAGCUUUGUGGUUCUGGCUACUGCCUGAGUAGCCAGACUCCUGGGCUUUCUUGCCUCUGCCUAUGGAUGCUGCCCUGUUUCCCCUGCCUUGGGAGGACUUUGCUGGUGCACUUAUUUUGAAGCUUAUGUCCAAAAUGUAGAGAAAAAAAGCCAACAUGGAGCAGUUCUCUGCACUGUGGCUUUCAGCCCCUGGGAUUUUUUUUCUUCCCCUUGUUGUGUUAUUUAGUGGAAUUUAAUUCUGGCUUGAGAACUGCCGUCUGUCCUCUCCGCAGAGGAUCAUGUCUGGCUUUCAAAUUUUAUUGCCUUCCUAACUGGGUUUAACAGAUGCACAACAUAGAAAGGCAGAGACCCUUGAUGCUGGAAGGGUGGGGCACUGUUUACUACCAGCUUCCUUCUUAUCACUUUACCAUGCCAGGUAAAGUGUGAAGCUUAAAAGGUUUCCUUUCAGUCAAAACUUUCUGCCCAAUGUUUUGGGUGUGAUUGAGCCUUUUGCCUUGAUUUUUUUUUGUUUGUUUGUUUUUUGUUUUUUCAAUUUGCACAUUUAAAAACUUUUAAGGAAGCUUUUGUGCCAUUAUUAUUUCCACACCAAUCUGACCUUCUGUAUUAAAAAAAAACACAGAAGAUUAAUAAUUAAACAUCUGUGGAAUAUUCUUUGACAAAGUCAGUGUCUCAGAUCAUAAACGAUGUGAAGCACGUUUAUAUAGCCUUACUAGUAGCCUUACUAGUCUGUAGCAAUAUAGUAUUUUUAGCUCAGUAUGCAAUAAUUAUUGACCCAAGCACGCACAUUCAGAACCACUGUUUAAAGUGUAUAGAUUUAUAACAAGGUCAGAAGGGACCACUAUGAAUUUCUAGAAUGAUCUGUGGUAAUUACUCGAGUUACAGAAUUUCACUCAGUAACCUCUGUGUUUUAAGUUCAGUAACUGCUUGAGCUAUAGCAUGUUAUAGAGAAAGAUUCCACUGUGUAAAGACUCAAGGGAUAGGGAGGAUAUAAGGUUUCUUCCUAAGUUCUGUCAGUGCUUAAAAUGCAUAAUUAUCCUCCUUAUUUGCUGUUCUUUUUUUUUUUUUUUUAAGUGCCCUAUUUAUAGUUUGAAUUAGUCGAGCUCGGUUUCAAACUACUGGAUCUCAUUAUUGCCUUUCCUGCUAAAUAUUACCAAAAGACUACUCUUGAUUAUAGGUGCUUUUUGAUAAAGUCACUCUUUAACCUUUUCUUGACUAAACUGGUUAGGAUGAGAGGUUCUUUAUCUUCCUGUACAGUUUGUGGAUUACAGGUUGUGUUUCUACCAUCUCCUGUGAACUGUUUCCCACCUAAGACAUCCUUCUUAAGGUGAAGACUUCAGACCUCAAGAUCAUAUUCCAGAAGCAGUCUUCAUCAUGCCAGCUAUAGAAAUAGCUUAGUACAUUCUGGAUCUUGAGUCAUGAUGUUCAAGGGCUAUGAGAUUUUGCAGUUCCUGCAUGUACCCUUCUUACUUUUUAGAGAUAUUUAGACACGGCUUUGGUCACAAAUCUGAACAUUUAUAAAAUGGCAAGUGUCUGAGUUCUAUUUCAGGCUGUGCUACUUUGUGUGAAGAUUGGAUCUAUAUCCACAAAGUCUGAGGGUUUUUUUAAAUCUGAGAUCUUGUUUGGUUGCAGCCUUGGUUUUGUUUCUUUCGAUGAGGUAAAGCGUAAGCUCCCUCAACCCUCACUCCAGUGCAACGGCAAGAUAUGAUGUUUCCAGCCAUGCACAGAACUGGUAGCUGAGCGUACCUCCAUUUACUCUCUGUUCCAUGACAUUCUGGUGUUACAGAACAAAGACAAAUUUCAGCCCUAGACUCUAUGUUAUCCAUUUUGCCAACUUGCAAGUUCAAGAACCGUGCUACAGGUACCACUGAAAGCAGCAGUUGGCCCAAGCACUGAUUUUGCUCCAGUGGCAAUGCAGCAGGAGAAAGGUUUCUCCUCUUCGCAAAGAGAGAAACCUUUUCGAUGGAACGUGAAUUACACUUGGUGGAUUCAGAUAGUAUUUUAUGCCUUCCAUAUUAUAAAUUUCAUUGUUUCUAAUGUUUAAGAGCACUCUAAAGGUGCUAAUACCCAACAGUAUCUGGAGAAUAAGUAGAGCAAUUUCCCUUGCAAUAAAUUAUUCCUCAGUGUGUGGUGAGCAAGUGAUUCUUAGCUAUGAAGAAAGAAUAACUGCAAAGUUGAGAAGAAUGUUAUGCAGAUCCCUCAGUGCUACCAGCAUACAGACUAUUCUUUCUUUACACUGAUCAACACAGAUAGAAAUCUGUAGAGAAACAACCUUUCCCAUGAUUGAUGUGAAGACACUUUUCCCAUUUUCACACAUUCUUCCCUGUUUUAAUUAGCUGUUUCUUACCGGCCCAGUGUACUCCUGUAAUAUAGAACUACAGUGUAAUCAGUCUUAACAGUGAAGCUUUGGGAUAGUGAGAAUGAUUUUCUGACAGUGCACAAUUUUAUCUGAUAUUAUACUUCUCUGUAAGUGACUUUUGACUCAUGCAUAUGAAAGUGCUCAUUUACCUAAUAUCUACUUUUUUAUCUCUAAAAUACGUAUUGGGCGUGCUGUAAAUUAACUACCAGUACAAUGCUAGAGAAUGUGUUUGAGAUAUGUAGUCGGAAAGUACAAUGAUUUCCAGUUUGCACUUUGUCCCUGGUAUAUAUGCAUGGUAGCUUUGCAGCAUGCCUGAUCUCUACUAGACUACGCUAACAUCAGGUAGAAAUAGUGUAUGGACAAUGGAGUGGUUUAAUUCCAGAGAAGCAAUUUCAGUUCUCCUACAAAGCUCUGCCCUUGGUGUCUUCUGUGACCUUGGUUAUCUUGAUUUUGUUUCCCUACUCUAAAAUGAAAAAAAUAGUGAGUGCACAAUUUUAAAGUUGUAAAUAUUAAUAAAAUAAUAAUAAAGAAUGCUGUGAAAGAUGGAAGCUAUGACGCUAUUUGCAUACCCCUUAUCUCUGAGGAAGUUUAAUCACUAUUACCAUGGAGAGAAACUUCUUUCUUUUUCUUUUGUAUUAAAAACAACAUUUUUUGUCUGAUUCGAUGACAUUAGUUAUUCAUUUUAUGCUCUGGCCAAUAGCUUGUGGUGAAAAAACUCUGGCAUCUGGAAAGAGGGUACUCCAUGUACGAUACGGAUAUGUCUAUUAAUAUGUGCUGAAUCAGUGAAUAAACCGUUUUUCUCUUUUUUGUAGUACACAAAAUGAAAAUAAGGUGUUUUGCCUUCUAUAACAGCAACUGUAAUUACAUGCUUACAGGCUUCAUGAUUUUCUUUCAGUCACUCUGAACAUAAAACUUCUUCAAGAAGAGACACAGAAACAUCACUGCUGAAAAAGGACUUGUUGCAUGCUCUAAUCUGAGCCCUUGCCUGUAAAGCAGCAUUCCCCUGUGCACAUAUCUGUCAGUUUGCACAGCCUGAUUUCUAUCUCUAAAGGGCAUCUUCUCUUGGGAGCACAUAUGUAUUUGUUUAGGGAGAUGGACAUUAUCUCAUGGGCAAAGAUUUCACAGUGUUCUCUAUUGAUACAAGCAUGAACAAGAGUUCAUUUCUUCCUCUGAACUAAUUACUCAUUUUUUUUUCUUUGCUGUUGGCAUCCUUCAUGUGCCUGCAGCCCAUUGUCAUAGCAAGGCACGUUGCACAUACUUUUCUGUACACACAAACCAAUUAUUCUUGGCAGCAACUAACUUUUCUUGUUCUUACUUUUCUCUGAACCCCCAACAGCCUGCACUACUAUUCAGAGUAAAAAGACACACUCCAGAUACCAGCAGCAUCAUUUUGUGCUGUUGUUUUCUUGACUGCGUUCACUUUUGGAUGAGUGGAGGUGAGGAAAGAUGGGGACCUGUUUGUAAAAUUCUUUGAGUAUUCCUUGUUUCAAAUAUAAAAUUGGGUUCUAGUCUUUGGUUUUCCAGUCUGGGGUAUGUUCUAGGCUACAGAUGAUUUUGGUAAACUUCAUUGCAUAUAGGUCUGGUCAUAUUGUGCUAGUCUGAUCACUUCUUUUAACAUAUUUGUGUUCCUUUUAAUUGCUCUCUGUUCCACUGCCUUCAUUAAGGAGGACUAAAGGGAAAUUUGCUUAGUUUUCUGCAAUGAUUGUGUUAAGGGCUUAAUUUUAGUGACUGCUUUGUAGGAAUCUUUCUGCAUGCUUUUUAUACUGGUAUUUUAUAUUCUUCAGUGGAAAGCAAUGUAGUGCCUCUGUAUUGGUUCUCCAUUUUUGUGAUCUGUACCACAUUCUACAAGCAGGCCCUCUGUGUAAGCCUUAAGACCGGGCAUGAGUAGAAGGACAGGUCAAAAUGUUGAAGAGCUUUCAGCUGGGAGGUUCUUUAAGGCAUUUAUCAGACACCAAAGUAAAUUUGUUGUGAGUUUCUUUCUCAUGACCAGACCUUGUUGCUUGUAUGCAUCGUUUGUGUUUUAAGGGCACCAGUUUUCUUUUUUGUAAAGGAAUACAGGAAACGAUUAAGAGGGAGGAAACAACAACAUUGUCAGGGUUGCCAAGGAUCCAUUUUUUCUGCAUAGUGUCUAUUAAUUAUGUUACUCCUUUUAUUAAUCCUUUGGUACCUGUUAAUUAUUCAACAAUUCUGGCUAGCAGCUGGAAAAGCCACUUUGAAGCGUUAGACAUACUAUUAUUUAGUUACUAGAAUAUUCAGUGCGCUGAACUGAAAGUAUGUAGUGAGACAGGAAAAAAAGCCCUUCACCCUGAGCCACAUUUAGAGUAGCAAGCAAUAAAAAUAUUUACUUUGGAGGGAUCUUUGGGGAACAAAACUGUCUGACGCACAUACAGGAAAAAUAAAAUAAAAGCUGCAUAAGACAAAGGGACUGCGAGAGGUGGCCAGAAAGUCAAAUUAAUGACUAUGAGACUGAUCCGCUGAAAUGAAUACUUAGAUUCCCACUGAUUUUAACAGGAUCUGAACUGGUCACUUUCUCAGAUGAUUGGCUUCUUCCUCAUCCUUCUUUGCUCUUCUCUGACAAUAUGGCCACUUAAACCUAAUUCCUCCCUCUUACUGUCCUUCACAUGCUUGUCUUUCCCUCUAACCUCCUUUCUAUGCUAUAUUUUAUUCUCUCUGUGUGUAGCUUGUCGUUUCCUAAGCAAUCCAAAUCCACUUCCAAAAAAAAGAAAAGAAAAAAAGCCUGAACAUUAGCACUACUCUGCACUAUUCUCUACCACCUGAUUGUUUGCAGUUCUCAAUCUUCUUGCUGUUGCAUCCUCUUGCACCGUAGGCUUUUCUUUCACAUUUACGCUGUGAGCUACUGAGAGCAGGGCCCAAACAUUUUGUAAUGAUUUAUGAUUGUGAAUUACAUCUAGUUGUUAUAAUGAAAAGCAUGUAAAAGGGAGAUGUCAUUUAUACUUACCUUUCCCUACAUGUUCAGGUUCUAUCAGGGUUCAUCUGAAUUUAACUCAUCUACAGAUUCUCAUUGCAUUUCUAACAGCUGAUAUGGAGGGGGGAGGGGGGAAGGGCUCAGUCAGUGUUUUUGCUUCAGUCCUUGCCUCUAAAACAGAGGACGUAUGCUAAAGCUUAGCAAAUAUAUCAUUUUAGGAAUGUAUCAAUAUAGCCAGCUAGUGACUUCUUGAGUGUGGUACAAAGCAUGUCCUGCCUCCUGGGUGUUCCUUGCUGUGAGUUUCCAGUCUGCUUUGAGGCAAUCAUUUGGAUAGGUUGGAAGCUCAGUCUCAGAUUGACUCUUGAACCACGUCUGGACACAGUAUAGAUGCAGCUGUUCUAUACAGAAGAAUGUUAUGUGGAAUAUGUGGGACUGGGGGACUAAAACCUUAUUACUGAUCCAGCAGGGAAAAUGGUAGUCUUUGCACCAUGGAAAUCCUCAUUUACACUUUUCUGACAUGUUCUUUGUUUAUCUCCUGGAGGGAACUGAGCCCCUUGUCACAAGGUGUACAUCAAGGUGACUCGGGGUCCAUUUCACUCUGUCUCCUUGAUGUAAUCAGCUGUUGAGCUGAACCUUAAAUCUAUUUGCUCUCUACUGCAGCCUAGUUACUGUGGCCAAGGCACCAGAUCAAAUAUAAAAAAUGUUUUGAAGAGCCAGCGCCAUGAACUGAUUUCUGCUUCUUGAGUGUUUUGUACCCAAGCACUUUUUUAUUUAUAUAUGCAUAUAUAUAUAUAUAUAUACACACGUAUUUUAUUUUCAUGUGUGUAUAUAUAUACACAAGCUGAGUUACUGCAGCAGUUUCCUGCACUGACAACCCCAGUGGAAGUGUGUGGAUGAAUGAAAUCCUUCCUGUCCUGGUGGGAACCUUUAAAGCAGCUCUGAUGGGAAUCUGAGACCUGUGCUUUGGGGCAUGGAGAGCUCAUGGUGUGAGGGUCUCAGUGGUACUCAGCCGAUCUCUUACACUCCUGGAAGGCUUCAUGUAGGGGUUUUAAGUAUUCAGAACACAGAUUCACCUCUGUUCAGUGGGGAAAGGGAACAGUAUCACUUUAAUGUGGGAUUCAAGCUGGUCCCUUGUGGAAUUCCCCUGGAAAAUGUGGGGAGGAAUAAGAAGCAAAAGCAGAAGGACAUUUAUGGCAUUGCUGGAUUUGAAGCAUUUUUAGCUUUGUCUUAAAGGGAUGCUGUCAGAAUCAGUGACUCUAAAAUUAGAUUGCUUUUCUCUUUCCAUCCCAAAUGUGUCUAAUUUUUUUUUUUCAUUUGUGUUUUGUUACAAAUAUUCUAUGUUAAUUUUUUAAAAAUAAAGUUAAUGUAAAGAGCCUAGUAUUGUUAAUAACCAUACAGUUAAAAAAAGCACAGAAGAGAGGCUGUGUUAAGCCAUGACUAAGAACUCUACGAUAAGAAAUGGUUGUGUGAUGAGUGCCUUGCAACAAAACACAGAAGUGAUAGAAAACCCUGCAGAACCAACAUAGCAUGUGUGCUGCAUCCGCUCCUUUAGUAAAAACCAGAGCUGAGCCCCUGAACAUUGGAAGAAAGCACACCUGUCCAACCCUUAGAGGGACUACCAGGAUGUGGUGAGCUAGGAUCUGGAAUACUACAUCCAGAUGUGGAGUCCUCAGUACAGGAGAGACAGAGACCUGUUGGAGCACGUCCAGAGAAGGGACACAAAAAUGAUCCAAGGGAUGAAACACCUCUGCUGCAAGGACAGGCUGAGAAGAGAGUUGGGGCCAUUCAGCCUGGAGAAGGUCGCAAAGUAACCUGAUAGCAGCCUUUCACUAUCUAAAGGAGAACUACGGGAAAGAAGGGGACAGACUCUUUAGCAGGGUCUGUGGUGACAGAACAAAGCUUAUAGUGGGCAGACUUAGGUUAGAUAUAAGGAAAAGAUCUUUUACAGUGAGGGUGGUGAGGCACCAGUACAGAUUUCCCAGAGAUAUGGUUGAUGCCCCAUUCCUGGAGACUUUCACGGUGAGGUUGCAUCAGGCCCUGGACAACCUGAUCUAGCUUUGCAUGUCCCUGUUCAUUGCAGGGGAGUUGGACUAAAUGAACCUUAAAGCUUCCUUCCAACUCUAAGGAUUCUAGGAUCCUAUGAUGUGCGAGGAGAAACCUACUGCAGUUUUAAGAUACUGGGGAUUAGUGUAGUGGUGGCCAUGUGCACACCCACUCACCCCAAUACCAAGUAUUUGACAUCCCUUUUAUUGAUUUGGAUUUCCUUCUACACUACUUGCCCCUGUGAUGGUACUCCUGAUAAAAGCAUGGCCAGAUUAAAUAGGCUUUUGUGCCUGAUUUAUAGCUCCUCAUUUUAUUGCUGGAGCAGAAGGACUCAGUGAUGAUUUGUAAGUUUGGAGAAGACAUUUUUGGUGAAGUGGUUUCAUCUAGAUUUGGCAGCCCAAUCUCCAACACCUUAAUUAGGAGUUUCUUCUUAUAUAAAAUCCCAUUGGAUCUUAUUGCAUUUGAAAAGGCAGAGGCACUUAUUCAUCAACAGUUCCUCUUCUGUGAAUUCUUGUACAUCUUGUCUGUCUUUUAUGGGAUGAAUGCGUAUGAAUGAGUAUGUUCACUGUUCACGUCUAGUGUAAACGUUUUGUACAAGGCAUGCCCAGUGCAGGACUAGCAGGCUGCUGUUAAUAUAGCAGUGAAUUUUGCUCAAUAUGUUGUUUAUAUAUUUAUAUUAUUUGUAUAUGUUGUUUGUAUAUAACAAUGAGUUGUUUAUAUAUUUAAUAGGAAUACAAUUGAUGAUGUUUGGAGUUAAUGAACAGUCAAUUCUCAUGGGCUUUCUACAGUUGGAUAACUGGGAUUCUUACUGAGCUCCAAAUCUUUGCUUAUGGAUCUUCAUAUGUAAAAAUCAUGCUCUGGAAAUAGCCAUGAGCAGCCUGCUUUGUUUAAUGCAUGUACCUGUGUGGUUUUGAUCUCUGUAUUUCUAUAUCCUGCUAAAAAAAAAUAAACAGAAGUGUCCAUUCUGCAUUGGCAGCCGGGUCAGGUAACUUUACAGCAAUUAUACAGAGCAAAAACCGAAAGUGUUAAAUUUAGCUGCAACAAGUUAAAAUGGAAUGAAUGUCUUCAAUAAUUAACCAACACAUCCUUCCUGCCUUCAGAGGCAUGAUGUGGGGUGUUCAGUGGAGAUACAGGAUAAGGGACUCAUUCCGUGGCAAAGUGAUGGGUGUUGAUUUGGAGGCAGGGCAUAUCUACCUAUUUGAAAGUUUACUGAGUGGAUCCUUUUAGCUGCAGGUAUUUGCAAGUCUCACAGUUACAGCCCUUUAUUUUAUGUGCUGCAAGAAACUGAGCCUGUCUUCCAAGGGCAAACACACAUUUCCUUUGUGGCCUUUGUCCUCUCUCAGUGCUGUGACAUGCAGAGAGGAUCAUACCCCAAAAUGGACUUUUGGCUUCAUGUGUUGAAAAGAAGAGCAGAGGUUUUGUUGGGUUUUGGACUACGCAUCACUGGGCAUGCCCUGAGGUGGAAGUAGGUAGAGUGAGAUGGGGGACAAGAUGUCAGUCAGGAGAGACUGAGGCUAUCCUGCAUACAGGGAAGGUGAAAUAAACCUGGUCUGAACAAAUCAGUUGUAGUCAGCGCCAUGAGAGCCAGCUUUUUGCCAGAGUGAUAAAUGUUGCUAAUGCUUUCUGUUGAGUAUAAGUUCUAGGAACUUGCAUGUUUCAGAAGAAAGUAAUGUAAUGCUGGUAAUGAAAUUGCACUGUUACAGUAUCCUGCAGAAAAGGCUUGCUUUCUUAGCUUAAUGAUUAUGUUCUCAGCAUUAUUUUAUGUUUCCCUCAGGUAUCUUAAAGCUUCUUCUUUGCAGAACAGAACUCCCAAAGGGAGAGGGACCUGGUCAAAGCAUUGACUUAUUUUUCUAAACCCAUCAGCAGGGAAAAAAAAGGAAAGAGUAUUUUUGAAGGAAAAUUUCCUUUUUGGGUUUUUGCAUCUCUGAAAGAAUUUCCGAUGUAGGCAGACAGUAAUUCCCAGCUACAUGUUUCCUGAUAAGGAAAGAACUCCAAUAAAUGCAGCUAUAAAUAGCUACCUUUUUAUUUUUUAAAUCGUAGAGAGACUUGUUUAGCCUUUCUUUCAAACUGCUGAAAUAAAGGGUCAGUAUGAGAUUGGAGCCUUAUGUUUGGCACCCACUAGCACUUCAGAUCCACAGAUUAAUAUUUUAAUCUGUAUUUAUAUAACUAAUUAUGUUAUAUAAAGUUUAGGUGUCUGUUUAUUUCUACUUGUCUUUCUCAUGCUGCUGUAAAAGAAAAAAGCCUUACUCGUUAUAUGGUAAGCAAAAAUUGCAUUUUGCCUUCCUGUUUUGAGAAAAAAAUAUUACCUGUUUUAAGCAGAAUUCAGUGUUUUUGCUAUGUGCCUGCAUUUUAGUGAUUCCUUUCCUGUAGAUAGUUUGCUAAAGUGCUUUGUCAUGUCAGAGUAACCAUCCUCUGUAUCUAAAUUUUUUUUUAACUACUUUAUUUUAACAUUUACUAUGCAUGUGCUGUAGGAAAUUAAUAGACGAAUUCCCUUUUUUUCUGAAAGCAGCUUGUUGGGACAAUUUGUACUUCUAGUGUAUAAACCUUCCAAAUUUUCUGUAUUUUCUACCCCCUUUUAGUGGUUCUUUUUCAUGUAUUUUUAAUGUUGUGGCUUCAGUUUUGGACUCCAGCUAAAUUUUUCCCUUACUCGUCCUGUUUUUCUUAGCUCUUUUAAGUAGUUCUUUUUGCAAUCCCAAACACACAGUACCUUCAGAAAGUGGGUAACUGUUUACCUACACAUAAAUUUAUAGAGAUGAGUAAAUCUGGUGCAAGCAGUGGAGUGAAAACUUCUUUACUGGUUAGAUUUCGGGCCAGUAUCCAUAAUUCAUAUGGUAUUUGAAAAUGUGCGUGUGUUCACCAGUGUGAUUGUUUUAUGGAGGAUGAGUCCACACCAUAAACCAUCCUGAUCAACAGGCAAACCUCACCUUUGUUUUUCAUCCUCGUGUCUGCCCGCAGGCUGAAGUGUCUUGUGUGGCUGCUAAAGGGUGGCAUCUCCACAGGCAGCUCUGGUGCCAGUGACAGAUCCUCUCUUCUCCCUGCUCUCUGCCUCAUCGUUCUUCCUGGAUUUGCCUGAGGAAGCACAGGUCACUCCAUGGUUGAAGCCCCUGGACUGAGUGUGACUCCCUUGCCACUGGCAGUUAGCUGAGAGUUGUGGCCCAGCAUGGCAGAAGCUGGGUUGAACAACCUUCCUUCUUCUCCUCCCACUCCUCUCUCCUUCCAGCAAUUUCGCAGAAUCUUAUGACUUGCAGCCAAAUUCUACCCACAAGGGCACUCAGCUGCCACGGGCCCCUCCUCUUGGCCUGCUGGCUGUGUUCGGGGCUGGCAUGGAGCCUAACAGAUUGCACAAGGCCGCAGCUGGUGGAAGAUCCCCUUGCCCCUGCGGUGCAUUACUAGUUGAGGUGCCACAACAGAGCUCAGUAUGCUCUCUUUGUAAGCAGGCUGUACAGCCCUUAGCAUGUUGAUUGUAGUCCAGUCUCCUCUGAGAGCACCUGAAGCACCUUGACCUUCUCCCUUCUGUGCUCUGGGCCAGCACAGAAGAGGUUGAUAUGUGCGUGCAGGUCUUGCUACGCCUCUUCAACAGGCCAGUGGAACAUGUGCAAUUAAUAUGAUAUUAAUUAAUUAUGGGGAGAAGUUGCUCCUGGCAAAGGAACCAAAGCUUCCAGCUUAUAAAGUGAAUGCUUUGAUGCUGAGCUUUAAAGAACAUUUCCAUCAACUCAAGCCAGCAGAGAGGUGCUGUGAUAUUUAAACCCUCCCUCCUUACAGGCUCCAGAGCUCAAAAUCCUGCCACGCUGGGCACUAAUAACAACAAUAGUAAUGAUAAAAGAGAGCUCAUGAAACACAUUUAUGGAUCUGCCUACCUGAGUGAAAUUGCACAAGUCCUAGAUGAAAACUUGGGUACUGAACCAGAAAUUGUAUGUUGAUAUUAGUAGAUACAAAAAAAAGAGCAAACUUCUGGACCCAGUGAAGUCGUUAGUUGUCUCACCACCUUAGCAGCUGAUACAGUUUUAUGUAGAACAUAUUUGUAGAAGUACAUGGUUUGUGCUGUGCUUCUACCUAUUUGGCCAGUGGCUGGGGAAAGAGAGAGGAAGGAAUGAUUGUGCCUCUUUGGUCUUAUGCAAUACUGAGAAUUUCUCCCUUUCCACUUCCUCCUUCUUGGUAGUGCAGAAGGAAGUAGCCCUGGCCCCUGUUGGUCCACAGACCAGUUAUUCAUUUCAGUUCUGCCACUUGAGUGUGUCCUUGUGCAUUUCCUAGUGGGGGAAAUCUCCCUUUAUGUAUCUAAGUUCCUCCUUCCUAUUUUCUCUUCCGUUCUGAUUUCUUCCAAGCAAUCUGUCUCCUUCAGUUUUUAACCUUUCACUUCCUCUCUGUGCUCUAGUGAAGAUGUUUUGUCAGAAAACACCCUCUGUACACAGACACUUCUUUGUUCCACUUUUUUUUUUUUUUUCUUUCUGUGUCAUACUUCUUUGUAUCUCACUUCCUUGGAAACUUCCUCAGGGCUUUUAGCUGCACUACUCUGUAUUGCUGAGUGUGUAAUUGUUUAAGGCGCCUUUAUCUUUUUUGUUUGUUUCUUUUUUCUUUUUUUUACUGCUCUUUAAAUGCUAAAAGGCAGUGGUGACAAGUAUCCUUAUUAAAUUCACCAGACUUGUUUCAUCACUGCUCUACAACUUGCUUGGUGGUUUUCUCUUGCUGAAAGUGAGCAUAGCCAAAUCACAGGAGUCAUUACGUACUUCCACUUUGUAUUGUUCUCAGGGAUGCAACACACCACGUAGGUUAGCAGUGAGUAGGUCACACACAAUAGUUCUAAGUUUGGUUCAGGAUCAGAGCUUUGGAACUCAGCAAAAUACAAAUAGGAGGCACUCCACGUCUAUAGGAGCUGGAACAUGUGCAAUACUCAUCCAAUUUUUAUACCCUCUUUCAAUUUUAAAAUCAGAGUAAAAAACAAGCAGACAGUCUGGAAGUGACAGCAAAGGUGUCAGGGCAGGCCUGAAGCAACUGGGCUGGUGAAGGAGUCAGCGCUUGGCCAGUGUUGGACUCCUGCCAUGGCAUUAUCAACAUGUACAGUAAUGAUGGCUGAAUCUCAGAAAGUUUGGUAUCUGAUUCAAUUUAAAAGAAAACCCAGGGAUAAAUCCAGAUAUCUCUCCAGUUGUUUGAAUAUGCAGUGUUGUGGUGAGUCCUCCCUAACUGUGAUUUUCUUGUGAGGACCCCGAUAGUCCAAAGGGACCGUGAGGCCCACCCAGGGCCUUUCUGGUCCUCCUCCAUUAUUUGCAGUGAAUAUGUGUAUUCAAAAAACUUGAACUCUGAGAAGAGCUAACAGUCAAAAUUCUUUUCAAACCUAAGAAGUCUCUUUAUUUUUAUUUUUCAGUCUGACAAGGUCAUGUGUCUCUGUGUAUGUGUUUGAAAUAUUUAGAUACUACAGAGAAGAAGCUAGCUCAGGAACUUAGAUUUUAUGCACAGAGACUCUGUUGCUAUUCCUUUUUCACUUGAAGCUGAUUGCCACUUAAAGGAUGUUGCAGCCACUUCAUUUAGGUAAAGUUAUAAAAAUAUCGCUUAUGAUCAGAAAAGUUGGAUGAAAAAGAUUGUGGACUCUUGUGCUAUGCAUUGUCCCCAUUGGGCUUACAGUCUUCCCCAAAUCUUGGCUAUGAGAAGCAGAUGGUGGAGAGUCAACCAGAGUUUGAAAGCAAGGGUUCACAUCUGAACUGGUCUUUCAACCUGUUUUUACCAGAUUGAGUGUACAGAGGUGGCAGUAAUGUAUAUGGUUUUAAAUCUCUAAAUCAGAUUAUAGUUGUAAGUGGGGCUCAGUCGUACGUAUGUAGUACUUUCUGACUGAAUGUACUCCAUCAGCCAUUUCCUAAAGGCUGCUAACAUGAAGACAAAUCCGCAAUCUUGGCACCACUGAAUUAAUCAGAGUGAGUAAAGGUAGCUCACACUGUUAUUUUUGAAAAUACUAGGCCCCCAUUCUAAGGCGUUUUUAAAACAACAUUUAUGAGUUCAAUGUGACAUCAACAAUAUAAAAGCUGUGAAAAUACGGUUAAAGUGGUACAACCAGCUUUAAAUUUCACAUGUACUUUAUAUAACUUGAGUCUCAGGAGAGCUGCACUUUAAUAGAUGCUGACAACUGGAACAGCGGGGACAUCAUCUUUCUCUGUAUUAAUAAAAUGCCUAGUCUGUUCUACCUCUCUAAUUUGUGGUCAUCUGCUAAAUUAACUUUAUUUAAAUGUUUUGUACCAAGAUCGUUAGGUAACUGAAGUUCUUAUACAGACUUUCUGAGUCUCAUGAACUUCUAAAGAGCUUUUUUUAACACCCUGUGUUUGUUCAAACUCAGUCCCACUCUGCAUGUGGUGGUUUUAUCCACACUAUCAUUUUUAAUGUGAUAGGGAAGCUAACUAGAACACACUGCUUUCCCAGUUUUCUCCCUCCCAGGAUACUGGAGACAGGGGAUGGAAUUCUGUACUUUGAGGACAAGAUAGUUUUCUAAGUGAAUGAGUUGGAUGGGAGAAUGUUGCCAUGUGUCUAUGAAGUCACACUUGCUGUGAAGAAGGUGAAGCAGGAAUGAUUAUUUGCAGUUUUUACCUAAACAGCAAAUCCAGAGAACUGAGAUACUGGGGAGCAUAUCUAAAAGAAACGUGAAUGAGGGUGCAUCACUAUAAGGAGGAAAUCACUGCAUGAAUGUAUGAGGGGGCUAGAAGCGUAAAUGCAUGUGAAAGGAACGGAAUAAACCUGUGGAGAUAUAGGUCAUUAGGUCAGUGUGGAAACAGCAGUCUGGAUGCAACCAUGGCUCUUAAGGUCCUUAAACCACAGAUUGGCAGAGACUGAUAGGCAACAUAUUAUAAAAUAGAUAAAUGAAUGCUUCCUUAUUCCAUAUGCUUUUUGCUUGUGCGGCGACUCCCAGAGACGUUUGGCUAGAUGGGUCAGCGAUCUUUUCUAGUGUGGCAGUUUUUAAAUUUCACCCUAUCUCAUAACCAUCUCCGUGACAUGAUGGUAGCAUGGAUGCCAUCCAAGCAGAUAAAUAUUCAGCUGGGGUCUGCUGUGCCAAAGGUGUCUUUUAGGUGAUAACUAACUCAUCAGCUAGAAGCUGGGGAUAAAAGUUCAGUGGGGGGGAUUUGCCUUUAAGCAAUUCUGACAAAAGUUUCUUUACACAACAGCUGACUGAAUCACUGAAUGUAAUGCCAAGGGCAGCAAUAGAGAAAAAAAAGUCAUGUAAAUUAGCUGGCGAGGGAACAGGGCAAAGCUAACUGGUGCUGGGGGGGAGUGGGAGAGGAGGGCAGGCAGCCACCUGCUGGAGCUUCAGGCUCAAGGACCACAUCUCUCUUCAAGUGCUGGAAAAACAAAUUUUAAAUACAGAUGGAAGGAGAAAGGCUGAGAAUCUCUCUAUGUAGUGUAUAGUCUGCUAAUGGACUGUAAUCACCACAUAGGCGGUUCUGUCAUCUCUAGCACUUGUUUCUCCCACAUACCUUCAGAGGAUUGCUUUCAUUUAUUUGUUGUCACCCAGUCCAAGACCCAGCUCAGCCUGUGCCCGUUAUUCGGCCCUGUCUCAUCUGUGUAGUGUGUAAUGUGAAUUUCAGUUCUGCUUCCCCUCUUGCCCCAAACAGUGUGAGUUUCUGGGUGUAGUCAUUUAAAAAAAGAUGUUAUUCAGUAAUUACUUGUGAUUUGAAGUGAUAAAUUGAAAACUUACUGGAAGUCUGGCAGUGCUUCUGAUCUAUGUCCCCAUUGCUAAGGUGCUUCAUAAAAUACCGUAUGUUGUUAUUCACUCUAGCUUGGAUAUUCUUGGCUCUCUCCCACUUAAUGAUUCACAAGAUGUCUGUGAGAUUCAUUUUUGUAAAUGCGGUUUCCCCCCCUUUCCUCCACAUAUUCUCCCCUCCCUUUCCCUUUGCUUACAAAUCAUCACUGCAAAAGGUCAUUGAAUUAAAAACAAUAUAUGUAAGGGCCAGAGUGCAGUCUGUGGGGUGCUGUCAGAAAUGCUCCAAGAUACAGCGCAAAUUGCCCCCCUGAUUUUCAAGUUGAGGAUUUGGAGUAGCUGGGUUUUUUUUUUCUACAGCUCUCCCUUCUCUUCCCUUGCUAUUUUCCACCAGUCUUAGCUAUGCAUGUGCAUAUCACGUGCCUCUCUCUUGAUUAGAGAUUUCUUCCCUAGUAGAAGGCUCACAAACUUGUCUCUUCCGAGUGCUCCUGGUUGCCUUUGGGGAGGGGGAAGCAGGAGAACAAUCGAGUGCAGCAGAGUCAGUGCACACCAGCACAAGAGCAGAGCUGCUGAUCCCGGCAUGCUGGCUGCAGCAAGAAGCCAGGGGUGCUUGCGGGACUUGCAUGCCAGAGCCUCUUCAAACAGCUCUGCUCAAAGGCAUGAGCUGGGCUCACUUCUGAGGGAAAUUUCCUUUUUGGGGAAGUUGCUGCAAAGGAAUUUCCUGUGUGGGCAGACAGAGCUUCCUGACUUGAAGGCUUCUUGGAAGGGAAACUGUUUCAUAAUGAAAUGAUAAAUUAAAGACAUACCAGCCUGGUUCACUUCAAAACAGCUAUUGAGGGAGCUCAGGCAGUACACCAUUAUACUCCCUCGCAAAAUGAAAAUAAAUUGCAUCCUGACAGGAUUCUCUGUAGUGGAGCAUAUCCUUCCCCCCAGCCUUCCUCCCUGCAAGUCUCACUUUCGUCCACUCCCUCCCCCUUCUUCUCUCCCCUGCUAUUUGCUGCUGUCUCAUAUGGCCCCCACCAACCACCAAGGCAGAUGGAUGUGAUGCUGGAGAUGGUUUAUUAAGUGGAGGAGCCGCUCUGCUCUUUCUCGCAUGGAGCAGGCAGCUCUGAUUUGAGUCCUGCUGCACUAUCUGGUGUUACCCGGUGCUCCAGAUGUAGGACCCAGAAACUGCAAGUAGCUGCCAUGAGAACUGGGUGCCAUGGCUGUGGUUGUGAUUGUGGUAAGGAGAAAUUAGGGGUACCGACAGAGUUUAAGUCAGUCCCUAUAAUAAGGAACAUCUUGGCGUGGUCAUGAAAGUAGUUGAGGAGUUACAGAUAUGUGCUUCCUGUUAAAUUGGAGAAAAAAAAAGGACCUUUGUUCCAUCCCAGCUAAGACACAAUGGAGGGAGGGCAUCCCCAGAGAGCUCAGGCUGCUGUAGCAGAGUUUUUAAUAGGCAAAAACCGGCUUGUGUUUUUUCCCUUCUCUGUACUGUCCCAGUCAGUGGAAAAGUGAGAAGGGAGGUACUGGUGAGUCUUUGUGCCCUAUGGAAUCCUUACAGCUCUGAGUUCAGAUGGACUGGGCAGAAAGCUUAGAUGAGACUGCACAGGUUGCUGAACACAUUUUUGUAUGGAGACAUGAUUUCAGAUGGCACAGGGAAGUGAACAUUCAAAUGUUUCAGUUCACCUUUGUCUCAACAACCUCGUCUGUAAAAUAUAUUGAAUAUUCUGACAAUAAUACCUAGUUGCAUGAAGUUGUCUGAUGUUCACUGCCCAAAAAUGUGGAAUCAGCUUUUUUUCUUCUUCUUCUUCUUCUUUUUUUUUUUUUUUUUUUUUUGAGAGUGGGCCUUUAUUCCCUGCCUCCUGUCUGGAUGGUAAUUAAAGCUGCUUUAAUACUUUGAAAGAGUCCCCUGAACUGGUGCAUAUGAUGAGCCUUCUGCCAAGAAGUUGCAUUUUGUCUUAUUUAGGAGUUUUCUUAGUAGAUUGGAAACAUUUGAAUUGCCAGCAGAACACUGUUCUCUGUUGUUAUUUUCUAGUGAAUGUGGAAGCAUGGGGAAAUUUUUACCUAAAAAUGGAGCUACUGGAGUCACAUGACUGAAAGAAUUUGAGAUUUGUAUUGUUUAAAGCAAGUUUAUGGUCUGCAUAAAGAAGAACUAGAAAAGGCUGUUCACAGCAAUCAGAAGCUGGAUACAGAGGACCCCAAAGAAAAAUAUGUAUGUGUGUGAUCAUAUGUAUAUGAUUUUUUUUUUACAGCUAAUGUAGUUUGUUAGCUCCUCCCUACUGAAGACCUCUUGUCUCAUUUUCAGAUAUUUGGGAUUUGUAGUCUUGGAUGUCUGCAAGAAACAGGACUCCAUUAUUAGUUUUGGAGGUUGUUUCAUUAAUAACGCUGUGUAAUUCUUCCUUCAUUCUAAUGAAUGUAAUUCUUCCCUUUGUACAGUAAAGUGUAAAGUUCAAAAUGUAGAACUUUGUUUUCAGUGAUUGACAUACUGUACCACUGGCAUGCGAUGCAUGGCAGCACUGUGGAAGCGAAUCUGACACCGUGCUAUGGCCAGGGCCAUCUUACAGCAGACAUAAGACAGUACUUCUUACAUGAAGGUGAGGGAGGAUCUGUCCUCCAAAACCUGCUCGAUGGAUGUUUCAGCCACAGAGCUACAGCGUACAGUUGUUACUGGGGGAAACAAGUGUUUGGUGUGCAGGUGCAGACUUUCACGUUUAUUCAGGUGUAUCACUGGGACAGCAUAGGUUGCAAAUUAAGCAGUUCAGAGCAGAAAAAUCCUUACCAUCCCCUCCAUUUUGAGUUUCCUGACCUGACAAAAACCCUGUAUGGGAAUAUGUCCUUUAAAUAGCAGCACAGAACACAGCUGUAAGGAGUGCUGGUUUAAAAAAAAAAAAGUUCCUAUAACUAAGAUGCAGACCAGAAAAGAAUAGUAUGGAAAUACCCUCCUAGUUCUUAAUUUGUAUCAUAAGACUCUUGGUAAUCUUUUACUUGCAAUGCUACUGCUUGUAGAUGUGGAUUUGGAAUUUGAGGGUGGCUUCUCAGAAGUGUCUUCCAUGCCAGAUACAAUGCCUGUUCAGCUUGAAAGGGCUUAGGGGCUAAAUUAUUAGCAUUUGCCUAAUGUGGAUGGCAUGUCUUGGAUGGGACAUUUAACAGGCUCACUGCUUGGCCUGUUUCCUACUGUUGAGUUAUGAGGCACACAGAAGUGCACCAGGCAGUCUGACUGCAAAGGGUGGAUAAACACCCUACUCAACUCUUUUAUGCUGUCACCACCUUUUGAUAGCAUUAAAUUAAUGAUUAAAAUCAAUAUACCAUGUACAGUUUACAUAAGUUGCUUCUCUUUCUGCACUUGCAAAUGUAUUUUGCUCAGCUAAUCUGCACCUAAGGAAACUUUACUGCCUCCUUUUCUUAGAGUGAUCUCUUCUCUUUGUACUUGGAUGCAGUUCUGUGACUUACCACCCCUGCUUCCCAAAUUGAGAACUCUUAAUCUCUCAUCUUUUCACAAAGAACGCAGAAUUUCUGUUUUAGAUUUAUUUUUUUUAAAUUUUAUUUUAGCAAAAACUAAACUGAAUUACUUCCAGUCUAACCAGAAAUAAAAAAAUAGGUAAUAUCCUGAAGCGACAGCAGCUGUGUCCACACCAGGAGGACAUCGAAGUGGGAAGGCAGUUGUUGAACUGCACGUAGGACAGGUCGCUGUUUUUUGGUUUUGUUUUUUUUUUUUUCCUUUAUAACAAAGGUUUACAUUGUUAAUCAGGUGCCACUCCAAGCUCACUAUUCAGCUUAAUGAUAGUGAGUUCCAGUAAAAUGCGGGCGGGAGGACGCUUACUUUGUGCUCUUUUUUCUUGCUUUAAACACACUCACUGUUUGUUCUUGGCAUGGUAUCAAAAGAGUGCUGGAAGGAAAUGAGGUAGAAAAAGAACACGAAAAUCAGAACUGCACAACUGAUCUCUUAAGGAUAUUGUUCCUGCUUCCACAUGGGAAGCACGGAGAUUCCUGGUAGACAUUCUUGCUGGGUUGGCAGCAGAUAGAAAUCUUGUAUUUCACUUCUGGCAAUAGUGGGUCAAUAGGGAUUUCUCUAAUCAGCUAAGAACUAGCAGCAAUGGAGUUUAAAUAAAUUGUGGGCAAUUCAUCCUAUGAUAGGAAUAACUGUUAUAAUUCAAGGUCUUUGAGGACAAAGGAAAGACUGGAGAGAGGAAAUAGGAUACAUCUUACUACUUAAUCCCUCUGCUCUUACAGGUGAUGUUCUAUGGCCUUACCUUAUGUUCUGUCCCUUUGCAUAGCAUGUACUUCUGCUUAAAAGGAGAAAGAAGCUGGAGGUGGUGAGGGCUAUAGUGCACGUUCCCUUUCCAGUACAGUUCACUUUAUUAUAUGCUUGUCCACUUUGGUGUGGCUUCUGUAACUUUCCGUGUGAGACAAGUAGUUCUUGCCCAUAGGAGGCUGGCAUUCAGCCUCUGUUUUCCUUUCAUCAUGUUAAGUUGCCCUCUUCUGAAUUACAGUUAUUUGGACCACUCAGAAUUUCUACUUGCAUGCUGCUGAUGCCAGCCGUUUGCAGGUAUUUCUCUCACUACACUGCUUCUUUUUCAGUGUUGCAUGAAGUAUGUGCAAUGCAGUUUUUUCUUUUUUAUUAUUUUGAAAGCUCAGCAAAUCUAAUGUUGGAAAAGCUGGGGGAAGAGUAUAUGAGCUGAAGAGCAUUUCAGGGUAGCCUUUUCUUAGAUUUUUGUCCUACUCUAACUUGUAGGCUCUUUGGAAAGUAAUUGGUGUUUUAGCUGAAUUUUGCUCUGAUCGUUUGAAAUGUUUCCUUGUUCACCUCAGUGUAAUUCACAAUCACAGAUCUAUUGCAGCAAGAAAUGUUAACAGGAAAGAAAUGUAAGCACUCUGACUCUGUUUGACUUCCUCUAAAUAUCUAUAUGUUUGUGUUGAGGGAGUUAUUCAAUCAAGAAUAAAAUAAAGCUUCCCAGUGAGUCCUGGGAGAGCCUGAUUUUGAGAUAGGUUCUCCUCCUGGGGAUGAGAAGGGAGAGGGAAUUACAUAUGUAGCAAUGCUAGUUGGUAUGUUGCUCAAGCUCUCACUGUGACAGCAUUUCAACAUGGCAUCGGAGACGGCUCUAUACCAUCUGCGUUUGCUUCCCAUGAGAAAGUAGAUUCUCCUGGAAAACCCUGAGGUUGAAAGUGAAAAUUACGAACAUGAAUUUCCUCUCUUGCACAAUCCCCACUUAGGGAUUUUCAAUUGUUAGGCCUGAUUGUAUAUAAAAAUGCUUAACUUAUUAACUACUGGAGGAUAUAACGAUUUUCUUCUGGAAAUUUCUCUCCCAGUAUUUGAACAAAUGUUACAUUAAGGAAAAGAGUGGAAAAAAGAUGCAGCUCCCCAUGUGCCUCACUUUACUAAAGCAUGAAUAGUACAGUGAAUCAGUACACUACUUUUUUUAGCAGUGAAGACCUGGAUUAGAAUUCAGCAUAAGAUGCAGAUAAGAUAAACCGAGUCAGGCUUUUCAUAGUCUUCAAUGAUUUGCAGUUUUCUUUAAUGCUAUCCUUGCAAUUUUUCUUCCAGGGCAUGUGACAUCCCCUGUAUAGCUAAGCAAAUGUUAUUGACCAUAGGUUUACUUUUUUAGUUAUCUUCCAAAGUCUUCUUGGAAAUAGUUCAAAAGGCACUCUGAAGUGCAGAAAGUAGAAUUUGAAAAGGAAAUAUUUGUUGUUUUCACUGAAUAUCUACUCAGUUGGGCAGCUAACUGUGAAGGGUAGUCUCAAAAAGCAAUACAUGCCAAGAGCUGGAAUAUUUGCAGCCAAGUUCAUCCGAAUUUCCCUUGUCCCCUUUUUCCUGGUGUCAGAUAUUCAACAAAACAAUUAGCCUUCCCGAAGCAGGUGAAAAGAGGUAAUCUCUCUUCACUCAGUGUUUUCUAACAGUUUUCCUCAGCAUAAACAACACUAAGUGGUAUUUUUCUUAGGGAAAUUUCCUUUCUAAGGAAGUUAGUCAUAUAAAAUAAUAAUUAUUAUUUUUAAAUCCAGUAUGAGUCGAGGGAGUGCCCUGGUUACACAUUUCCUGGAAAAGGCAGUUGGUGACGUACCAUUGACUAAUGAAAACUUGCCUGUUAGAAGUAGCUCUCUUCUGUUAACUAUUUAAAGAGUAUUUUAAAAGUACCGACCUUAGACAUUUCCUAGUUCUGCUUUUUAAACCCGUUGCAGAGGGCUUGUUUACAUCAUUAGCAGCUAUAGAUUCAUUGCUCCAGUAUUUUAGUGUAAAUACUCCAGUAUUUUAGUGUAAAUAAGUAAAACAUUAAAAGAAAAUGUAAAAUCAAAGCCUUUUGCAUCAGUCUGAUCUGAUGGAAAUGGUUGUGAUUCUUAGGGUGUUCUCAAGGCGUUUGUCAGAGAUUAUUGAUAAAAUUUUACUCUUUCUGUAUUUCAUCCUUGACAAUAGUUAUUCAAGAACAUAUAUACUGCAAAAAAGCUAUGCCAUGAAUAAGGCAUGAUUGUGAAGCAAGGGACAUUUUUCUCUGGUAAGAUAGGUCUUAUAGAAGUCUAGUAAAGAGAUGAUCAAGUUUUUCAGUUGAAUAUGUCAUUGCAAUUCUACCUUCCAUUUGAAAAUUUGCAGGUAAUGUGUUUAUGUUGACUGAAAAUGGAGUCACAAAUACACCAAAAAUUGAUGAUUUUUUUUCAGCAAUCUUGAAACCUAUUCUCAAAUUCCUUAAUCAAAACAUGAAGCACGUAUGUUUUGCUGUUCACAGGGCUGUGUUUAGCCAAUGCAUCAAAAUGCAUGAAGUUAUUUUCCAUAACAUGAGCUUACCACAAUUUAAGUUUCAUUUUGUACACUGUAAUGGUUUGAAACAUAAAACAAAUGAGUUGAUUUUCACCUUGAAGAUGCAUAUUUAACUCAUGAGUGGUCAAAUCCGCCAAAAAUGCUAAAUCUGUGAGCCAUUUUUAAUCUUAAUAUUCUGGCACAAAUUUUCCUUUUGAUUCCAUAAAUGACUUGAUUUCAUUUCACAAAUCAUAAGAUCUUUUUAGCAUUUUACCUCAACUUAGCCACCUUACUUCAGAGAAGUAAACUGUGUCUCUGUAACCCACACUCCUAUUUUUAAGGAACUCCUGGAAUUAGUGGUGAUUCAGUCUCUUGGACUUUAUGGAAUUGACAGCUUGGAGGACAAUUUGGAUGUCGUUGUCAAUUUUUAAAGCUUUCAAACAUAAUUUUUCUUAAUGUACGGUACAGUGAUAUUUCAUCAAACAUGAGUUGCUGGGGCAAUCUUCUAUUGAUUUUAUAAGUCCCUGUUUUUUAACAACUAUCACUGGGGUGCCAUCAGUAGCUAUGCCAGGUAUGUUGACAAAGAUGAAAGAAAAUCAAGUUCAUGUAAUCCUUACUGCCUCAUACAAAUAAAAAGAUUUAGUUGUGUCCUUUAAUGGCACCAAAGAAGCCAUUCUUUCAGUGACUUCAUAAAAAAUGUUGAGAUGAGCCAUAUCUAUAGCGUCAGUACUUUCAUCUAUCACCAAAGCAUAAAACUUUAAAUUAUCAGCUUUAAUCUAAAAUUUCUUUCAAUAGAUUUUCCUGUUUCUUCCAUUUGCCUGGCAAUUGUCUGGUGAGAGAAACUAAUUUUAGAAAAAGGUUUUUGUUUUUUUUUUAUCAGGACAAAUUAUAUCUGCCAUGUUUUCCAUACAUUGCUUAGUAAACUCACAAUCAUACAUGGUUUUAAUUUUUCUCAAUCAGAUGUGCUACCCCAUAACUAGCUUUUAUAAUAGAACCCAUUUGAGUUGUAACUUUAAAAAAUAAAAUUGCUGAGAUGACACUUUGUUUUCAGUUUUGCAGCAUGUUUUUGCACAUAACAUCUUUUCAAAAUGUAAUUUUUGUAAACUGAUACAAUUUUCUUACAAAUUAAGCAUAGAGCCAUAUUUGUCUUGACAAAAAGUACUCAUCUGUCCGUUUUUUGUUGAACACUUAACUUUGUCCAUGAUUUUUCUUUUUUUGGGUUCUGUUUUCUUUUAAGAUGACAUUAGAUAGGUUGAAAUGUCAUUAUAUGUAAUCACUGCAUUUCACUCACCAAGUGGCAUAACUUACAAUAGAUGUGUUUCAGUUCAACUGUGUGUGUGUGUCAGUCAGGAGAGGUGGAGUUAGCACUGCAUUGCACACUUCUUGUGUUCUGAUUUUAACUGAGACAGUGUUAAUGACACACUGAUGGUUUGGUUGUUGCUGAGUGAUGGGUGCACGCCCGGGGCUGGACCAGACCACUUGUCGGGAAGAGCUGCUGCCAUAAUGGCGCAGGUAGGGGGCAGCUGCAGAAUGUGCUGGGCUGGGCCCCUGAGCUGCGAGUUGGACAUGCCUACUUUAAGUACUGGCCAGUGGCAUCCCUCAGAGGGUUCUGUAGUCCCUACCUGUGGGUUAAGAAUGGAGUUUAAGCCUGGGCAGGAAAGAGAAGAGCAGCAAAACUGAACUUACGUCUUCAGAUCAUUCUAGGGUGUGUUAAACCAGUGUCCGGGAAAUCUGGGAGUGGAUAAGCCAGAACUUCUAAAUACUGCUUUAGCUGUUAUGUUUAGGUCUGGGAAUUGUACUGCUUAUACUCAGAAGAGCAUGACUUGUGACUGCAAUUUAUUCAAUCCAAAAUGACCUCAAGGCCUUACUGGAAAUUACCAUGAAAAAAAUAUCCUCACAUCCCCUUUUACUUCUAUCAGAAGAGUUUUUUUUGUUUUGUUUUGUUUUAAAAUCAUCGUCAUACAACAAUUUAUUUUGCAUUUAAACCCAAUAAUAUAAUCAGGACAGAAUUAUGCAAACAAGGAAAUUUCCAUGGGCUGAAUUGCACAAUUUCAAGAAAGAAUCUCAUUUAAUAAAUGUGAGCACUGAUCCCAUAACAGUGAAGUCCAUGCAUUCUCUGCAGCUGUUGGAGCAGAGAGAAUAAAUAUACUUUUUUUUCUUCCCUGUUCACUGACUGAACACACAGGUAGGCACGAGUAGUACCUAUGUAAGCAUGUAUGUGUGUUGCGAAACCGUAGAGAUUGUUCUGAGGUCUGGUGCAUGAGAUACUAGCAGUGUUGCUAUAGGCAUUAAAGCUAUGCACUGAGAAUCUAAAGUGUUUCCUAGUGCAUAUACUAGGAAUAACACCAAUUUUCAACUCCACCCCAAAAACUUCUAUGAAAGAUGCAACACAGACACCAACCUAGCAAUGGUCUUUAUUUCGCCUUUCAUCAGCAUGCCAGUCUGAAAUCAAAUAACCUUAUAUUCUCACCUAGAAACCUUAAGCUUGCCCAUCAGACUAUGCUCUGCAUAUGCUCCCAUACAUGAACUGGAGACUGUAUUGUUUUGUUGGUGUUACCACUGUAUAACAACUGCACAUCAGGCAUGUUGUGCCUGUAAGGGCAGAAGGACUUACUUGUCUCUCAGUACGAUAGGUUACGUUAUUACAAGGGUGCUCAGCUACAGCAGGGAUGAGUCUUACAGAAGUUAGUAUAAUUAAGUGAUUAAAGUAAGUAAAAACUCAGUACCAGCCUUUGAAUGAAUGAAAACUGAAACUAGUAAUGGCCAUGAACGAAUUGAUCUGGGACAUGCAAGGUAUAUAGCUACUGGAGGAGCGCAAUUUUGGAAGAGCCAUUCAGAAGGAUUAAUGACUCCAACAGUCUAAAUAGCUGCUGGAGGUGGUUUUAAAUGGGGUUAUUAUAGAGAGGAUCCAAUUUGGUGAUACCUUCUGAAGAGUGAUCCACUUAGAGAUUGCUUCUAAACCAAUGCCCUGUGGCGUUACAGCUCUAUGUACUGCUCACACAGAUUUUAAGCACUCUCUGAAGACUUCCAUGUCAAGAUCUGCAAGGAUGCCUAAGAUGUGUGAAAAAAACUGAGAUUUACUGUCUUACUUGGAGAUUAUAACAUGCCUCAAAAACCUCUGUCCCGUGUAGACUGUAGGUGUGCAUAGUAGUGGAAGGGAUUAGAGUCAAGACAUAGAAGAGAAUAAAAAGGUGAAGUGAGCAAAAGAAUUACCUGUGGAACUGCAGGAGUUAAAGAAUAGGGGUUUUCUGUGAAACCAGGAGGGGAGGAGUGUGAUGAGUAUGCAGUAUAUCUCCAGUCUGCCUUGUGAAAAAGGAAAAAUAGGAAUCCAGGCACUGAUGUAGUUCAGUGGGACGAAACAGUAGCAUAUUUGGCAUCAUGUGACUUGCAAAUGCGUUCAAAACACAUUAUUUCAGCAGAAGUUGCAGAUUUUCUGCAGGUUUAGGAAAUGAAUAUGAAUGAAUCAAUAUACUCUUACAUUUUAUUGAGUGAUAAUCAACUGGUGAGACUCAUCAACAGAAUGAUGGAUGUGGUUUCUUUAUCUGAAUGUCAAACAUAGAGUUUCCGUCAUUUUUUACUUAUGUGAGUUUGCCCAAGGCUUGCAUUAUUGGUAUAAAAAAACCUGUCCCAUUUCCUGUGCUUAAUGAUCUGUGGGUCAUCAAGAUUUCUGCAAUACUUUACUGAUUGUGACGAUUUAUUGCAUGAUGCUACUCACUUUCCCUACCUAGAAAAAGGUCCUUUGCAAGGAUAAACACAUUUAAUACUAAAAAAAAAUAUUUUGAAAUUUGCUGAUGAAAGGUACUUCUUUCCACUAUCUCCAGAGUAUUAGCAAUAAUUCUGUCUGAAGAAGAUGGAAGAAUAGGGAAUGUAGGUCAAACGGCAUUGACAAUUAGAAGCUUAUAUGGCAGAAAAGCCUGCCUUUAGCAUAAAAGAUACGCAACCAUUUGAGGAAGGGUAGCUCUGUGCAAUGUUCAGACUCUGGAACUAUCUUAUCUUAGUGCAUGUGUGUUUCCAGAGUCCAUCCCGGGUGGAUGAUUAGUCUGUAGCAUCCAGUAAUAUCUCAGGAGGGAGCAGAGAGCAGACAAAACGUUAUGCAGGGAGAUCUUUCGUCAUUUGCAGUAAUCAAGAUUUUGAGGAUGGCUACAUUGUUAUUGACAGAAUAAUUUUCCAUAGUUCAUCCCCAAAGUGUCACAAUAGUCUGAGUACAGUGAAAAAGAUGAUAGCUGUAAUUUGGAAAAUGUUUUGCUCAAUUACUGUAAGCAAAACCUGUUGGCUUGUUUGUUUUUCUAACUUCUAGUGGUGAUAGCGGUAAAUGCAUAUGCUGGGAACUUCAGAAAGAACAGCUCUGACAUUGUUUCCUGUGUGGGGUUUGGUUGCAAAUUUCUCUUCAUGCAUGUAAAAAACAAAUGCAGAUUUUGUAUUUUCUGUAGGCUUUCUGUGGGAUGAGAGGCAAUAUAAUCUAUUUCAUUUUAACUGGCGCUGAUUUGACUAUGUGUGAUGUAAAGAUGAUUUCGAUCUCACUGUUGUCUUUCCAGAAAGACAGCAAUUGAGCAAGUUUGCAGCAAUGCAGAGUUUACAUAAAAAGGAAAGGAAAAUUAAGCUUUUGUAUUUGAGACCAGUACCAAUAUUUAUCUUUUGUUUUAUUUUAAAAGCCGUGACAUGUAUUGCCUUAAAUUACUUCCUUUCUGUUCCCUCACAUUGUUGUCUGUUUACCGGUCUGGGUGGUUUCUAUCAACCAUAGACUUCCAGUUAUUUACUUUCCAGGUAAAUAUAAAGAUGACUGCUAAAUGCAUAAGCAUAAACAGAUAGCUGUUAAAAGGAAGUAGCUCUCCUUGGAAAGCCAAGUUCCUUGACAGUGCCAAAGAGGUAUCUUCAACUUUAGAACUGGCAUAAAGUUGUUGACAGCUGAGGGCUGUUUGGUUGUUUUAAGUGAGGCUCAGCAGAAUCAGGCCAGUAACAGACAAAAAACAUCCAGCCUGAGUAAGCCCUUGUAUGUGGGGGACAUAAGCUUUUUGUUGUCCAGGUAGCUUUGGAAGCUGUAGAAAAUAGAGUAUCACUGGCUCUGGUUCAGAGCCAGACUGCUUCCAGUAUGCUCUUUUCCUUGAGACUGUCUGAUGUUAAAGCUACAGGAAGUUAGGAACUUCAGUCUGAGCCUUCAUCUCCUGUGGUGCGGGUUGAACCGGACCAGGUCCUGCUUCAUCAUGUUCUGUGUUUGUUGUGAGAAAAAGUUGGUAUAGAAACCAUAAUCUCCUUUGCAAAGAUACUAAAGUAGAUAGGGAACCUCAGAAUGUGCUGGACAAAAUUGUUCCAGUGAGCUGAUCCAUGUCGUCUGACAAAGAGUCCCUCAUGCAGCCAUAAUCAGGGACAGCAAACAUGCUCAGCUAAAUAAACUCUGGCUGCAAGAGCUGAAGCUGCCUCUUCAGCAGCUUUUUCUGACUCAUCACAUACCCUUCCCUCUUUCCAUACCUUCAAAUACGCUGAGAUCCAAAUGUAUUUCAAAGAUGGAAUUCUUCAUACCUUAGUCUUCCAGUUAAAGAAACAACUUUGUUAUUCUGUUCUGCAUAUUGGUACAGGCUUUGUUCUCUCAGCAGCUUGCCAACUCCUUUUCUCCAAAACCCACAAGAUAGUCAACCAAGUGGAGAAUGAAAACCAUGUAAUAUCACAUACUCACUAAACAGAUUUUUCUAUUCUAGUCAUGGAGAGAAAUGAGAGAAGAGGUGAGAAGGGAGAACAAGCUGGAUCAGGGGAAUGUUAGUAAAUUUGGUUUGAGUCCAAAUCUUACUAGCACUGAUUGUAAAUAAACACUUGAGGUGGUCUUUGUCCAGUCCUCAGUGAAGAACUGUCUGUGCACAUCCAGCCCACAUCGUUAAACCAGCUAUAGGUAAAGCUGUGAGCUGAUAGCUCAUCUGCACAGCUGGGCGAAUCAGAGAGUGAAACAGGUUCUCACUUCAAGAUGGCCUCUCCAUGCCUGGGAUAGCAUGUGGCCAAGGCAGGGUCAUGUAAGCUAGCUCUUAUCUAGCCUGUGGGGUAGGGUGACUGUUGUUUGUGUCACUCUUCAGAGCUGAUGCUCCAUGAUUUCCCACAGCACUGACUUCCCUACUGAUGUGGAAGUGACUUCAAAAGCAUUAGAGAAAACCUAACCGCGUGGUGUAGAAUCAGUGUGGAGAGAAGCCAAGAAAAACCCACUUGUCAGCUGAACCAAUUAAAAAAUAAGCACAAAUUCAGCAUUUUGUCAGUCCUUCACCCCCUGGCAUUUCCUUCCCGGUUAGGACUUUUAGUCAUCCAUAAAACAAUAAUAACAAAACACAUACAAGGAGUCCAACCAUCAACAAUCAUAAUUCUCUUCAACACAGCAAGACGCUCUUCAACAAAUAACCAUUACGAGAUUAAGCGCCUUUUAUGAAUAAAUUUUUUAGUAUGCCAAAGGCAAUUUUUUUGACAUUGUUUUCGCAGGAUUAAGGAGUCAAAGACCUUGACGAUGCUAAUUGUCUAUACCUAGCAUAGAAGCAAUAUUAAAGCCUUGUUAAUACUCUGUGCUAUUGACAAAAUAGCAUUCACAAGAGAUCAUUUGCUAAUGGAGUCCUUAAUUUGGCUGCUAAUAGAAGUAUGUGAAUUUAUAAAAUAAUGAUGUUCUUUAUCCCAAGAUCCUUAAAUACCAUUUUUGCAAAGGGUCUUCCAAAGCCCUUACAGGUUCACCUGAGGAAAGCAUUAUUAUUGUUGCUGUUAUUAUUAAUACUGUUGCCCAUGGAUGGUAGAAUCAGAGGCUGCAGUUUUUACUGGAAACUAGAGUCAUGUACUGCCAUGGCUGUAAAAUGCCAGUCCUAUUGCUCUGGUUGAUCUUCCCACCUGAUAACUGGCUACUAACAAAAUUUCUGUUUCCACACUUCAAAUACUCAGACUGAAAGGUUCCUCUGAGUUACGAGUGUCAGCAGUAAAGAGUUAAUUUUAACUGAAUCUCUUCCUUGGUCACACUGUUGUACAUACUUGAACACUAACAGUGUUUCAAGGAAGUGGUAUGAAAACUGGAACGUGAGAUGGGAGCGGGUAGAAGUGAUUUACUGUGGCAGUGCCACAUGAAGCCAACCUGAAGUGCUCAUAAAGUUAAGCCCCAAGGUAUAAUUAAACAGCCUUUAUGAGGGCUGUUCACACCACUCUCAUGGGUUUCUCCAAGUCAGCUUAAGUCUAGUGAGCUAGAACGCACAGGGUCUGGGUCAAAUGGAGCUUUUUUUGGAGAACUGUGGCCAGUCCAGGUAGCCUAGACCAACUGCAGUCAAAGCAGUGAGUCCUGAGCUGAGAUGCUGCAUUCAGAGACGGUGGUCAGUAACACAAGAUGCAGAAUCCAGUAAUCCUCAUAAAUAAAAAAAUCUUAAGUCUUAGUGAUUCCUAUCCUUGCUUUCCAAAAUAUUUUUAAUCUUAAAAAUCAUGGAAGCUGAGAUCACCCCAGAGGAAGUUAGAAUAUACGUGUCUGGAAAGGGCCCCUCAGGAAGACGACGUCUCCUGCUGCUGGGUGAUUGUAAAAUCCUCCCGCCUGGUCUCAGCAGCUGAAUAGCAGCUAUCAAUAAAGUGCACAGCUGAGGAGAGUGAGGCAAUUUCACUUUCUUAGAAUCAUGGUGGAGAGUCAGAAGAAGUCAAGUGUGGAUAAACUCUGUCAGUGAUUUGUUUUACAGUGUAUCUGGCCAGCAUCUGCUUUUUUUUUUUUUUUUUUUUUUUUUUUAAUGUGUACGACAGGAAAAAAGUACUGCUUUAUUUCUUUAUACGGGCAAGAUCCUUGUUUUGCUGCAUUAUAAAAGCAUUAGUUGGUGCAAGUAUGAAUGGUCUAGUGUGUGCUUGGGCAUAUUUGAACAUGCGUCAUUGGCUUUGAAUGUUCCAGCUUUCGCUGCUAAUGUUGAGAGAAUAACAUUGCUUCCCUCUGAUCUGGAUGCAGAUGCAGACACCGUACACCUUGCCAGUGUAGGAAGUGUCCUCUGCUGCUUGCCAAAGUAUGCUCUUCCAAAAUUCAGGAGUUCAGAGCCCUGGUGUUGGUCUUUGCAAUAAACCUCACUUUACAAUAAAUCCCACCUGAGCAUCUAUCACUUAAAUUGAGGAGGAUUAUGGUUUUUAACUGCGGAGUUGGCCCUCGUGCUUUGAAUGCCAAGGGCUCUGGCUUUUACCCUUCUGUGUAUAAUGAGGAAGGUGGCACAUUUACUCCACUAGUGUGCUUUAUGGCCACUUUUGAUUCAGGUAAGAGGAACAGCUUUUAGAAUGCAAAGAAUAGAUAGCUGGGGUGAUUACUUUGAGGAUACAGCAAGGAACUUGCUCGCAAGUGACAUUCUUCAACAUAACACAUCACCUGGGGAGAGUCAGUCCCAGGAGAGGCUGGAGAACAUGUGCAUUUUUCCUAAACUCACCCAGGACUCCUAGAAAACUGCUGUGUGGAGCUCAGGUGUUGCUGUGAAUGGUAGGGUGUCAGAGAAUAGAGUCUGCAGCAGGGCAAGUUGCUCCAUGCCGCUAGAGCCUCUGUGAGCUGCCUUCAGUAGAUCUGGGGUUUACAGCUAGUGAAGGCUCUGGGAUGUUGCUGUCUGAAUAUGUCAGGAGAUGUCUGACUCACCUGUCUGUCCCCUCUAACUCUAUCACUCUAAAACACAUGCAGUUCUCUGAUAGAAUGCUGUUGAGAACAGAGAAGAAAAGAUAUAUAGGAUGUUCUGCUACUGGGCUUGUUGCCUGAUGGUUUUCUUAGCAGAGCACGUUUUAGUGCUCAGAGGUUGUAAUCUCCCUAGAUUUACUGUGUACCACUCUUAGAGUGCUUCUUGCAACAUAACCCCUGAUGGCAGCUGUUGGCACAUUUCAUUACAUCUCAGCAUUUGUUCAAUUUUUAAUUUUGGGGGACUGCUCUUAGAAAUGCUUGUGAUUGUUAAUAAUAAGCUUUGAUCACUGAUACUUCACUUUAAACAAUAGGAUGCUUGUUUUUCUGAAACAAGAAUGAGGCACUGAAUGAGGUCACCCUGCCAAUAACACUUCUUACUUAUUGAUCAUCUUACCAUUGCGUUUAUCAGAGCCUGAUAGGUCAGUGAGAAGGAUUUGAUUGUGAUGUAGAUCACAGCAAGCCUCAGUUGGCAAUUUUUUUUCAGUGGGAAGGCACAUGGGAGUUACUAGCAUAUACACCUAAUAAUACAUCCACCUAUAUUCUCAGUUUAUAGUUGGAUGUGCUUAUCGAGUUAAGUCAUUUGUUGUAUAUGUCUGCUCUGUCCACUAUCAGUGAUUUUUAGAAAUUUUAUAUUACCUACCAUAGGUUUUGCAAGGUGGAUCUUGGUCAAAUAUUCCAACUACCUGAUGCAUUUUAUCUGUACUAUGUAUCAUGCCCACAUUCUCAACUGCAGCCAUCCUCAUGGUACUUUGCACUCUGUUCCUCUUUCUUUCUCUGUAUUUACUUGUAGAUGGGUGUGUUUAAGUAUUUAUUUAAAAUUCAGUGUCUUUAUGUCUCACUGUCUGAGAAUGGGAGAGGAAGAUAGAGAGCUGCCAGUGAGGAAAUAGUGUCUGAAAGCUAGAAGAAUGGAAAUAGUGAGAAACCAUCCACAUUUUUACAGAGAUGUAAUGGGGAAAACAAAAUCUUGUUACAAAUCUAAAUGUCCCUAAAAGUCUUGGAACUCCAAAUGGAAACUAAUCCCAGGUACGUGCAUGUGUACGAAUGAUCUGCCUAUGAAAUUCCAAGUCCUCUGUGCAUUGUACUGUGCCCAGGACAGAUUUUUCAAAAUGCCUAAGUGUAAUGACUUUUACUGGAUGGGGUGUAACACUGGCACUUUCAACAUAACAAGUUGUCUGAUCCAGAAAGCAAAAUAUUCCAGGAAAUGGUGCAAUUGUAUAUUCAAAGAAUAAUAAGGAGAUCUCUAAAGCUUUCACAGUACUAUUAGAUGUUCAGGACAGUAAGUCAGCACUGAACUGACUGGAAUUGUCCAGCUGGCAGUUGUGGGCUGAAUCUAUCUUGUUGGACAGUUUUCUGUCACAGUGACUUCCUUGAAAAUGUGUUUUGUAGUACCUACUAUUUUAACUGCCUGACACUUCUCCCACGGCACUGAAUGGCCCUUUAUUUACAGAGUAAGCUGCAACCAUUACCCUGAUGGGUGAGAGUAGCUGAAGCCUGUAUGCUGUGCUGAUACCUGCGCGGUCUGUCAGGGCCUGCUUGGUUGAUUGAGAGACUUUGUCAGGUAGCAAGGUUUGCUAUAACUUCUGCUCAUUGCCUUGGGGAUUUGUUGAUUUUACUUUCUUGUUUCCUUUCCUUUCCUUCUCUCUCUCUCUCUCUUUUUUUAGAGACCUCCUUAAAAUCAAAUCACCUCUGAAAAUAAGCUGACUUAUUCUUUCUUCUUGGUGAUUUAUAAUAAUAAAGACAGAGCCAAACUCUUCUCAGUGUUUUACACUGACAGUGCGCACAAACUGAAAUACGAAAUGUUCCAUUUAAACAUAAGAAAAUCUUCUUUGCUGGAAGGAUGAGCUACGUGUUACUGAGAAAAGUUCUGGAAUCUCCACCUUUGGAGGUGUGCAAAACCUGACUAGAUAUGGUCCCAAGCAACCUGAUGGUCCCCAGAGGCACCUUCCAACCUCAGCUGUUCUGUGAUUCUGUGAUAUGUGCGGGCUGAUGAACCUUGAGAAAAACAAAAAAACCUUAUGCUACUGUUGACUGCUAUUCUUAAUCUGCUGGGUGGUUAGAGUAAACCAAACAAAAUAGAGAAGAGGACUGAUUGUGACUCUGUAGUUGCUAACUGAGUGUCAGGAUCUAAUCUAUUCCCUUUCUUUUCCUACGUCACUGAAGUUCAUUCAAAAGCUCUGCCUUUCUCAUGGGGAUGGGGAACUCUUAACUCUGCUAUUGGCAUUUUAAAAAUGUAUAGGCUGAAGUAGCUCCAGAUUAGAACUUUAAAGGAUAGUGGGCUGAAUUUCUGGGAUCACAGUAUAAUUCAAGUCAGAAGGGACCUUGGGAGACCUCUGAUCCAACCUCUUUCUCAAAACAGAAUCAGCUAUGAGGUCAGAACAAGUCCAUCAGUGCUUUAGCAUGUUAGGUCUUUAAAACCUCCAAGGAUGGUGACAGCACACUGAUUCUGUACCGUCUGUCCCAGAGUGUCUUCAAGUGAAAAGAUUUUCCUCUUGGAGUCUCUUGCUUCAACUAUGUAGAUGAUUGAAAGUAACCAGUCAUGCCUUUUGGGAUUUUCAGAAGUGUCUACAUAAUGCUUGGGUACUUCUAGAUGUCCCCCUAGGCCCUUACAUUUGUUUUCAAGUGUGAAAGUGCAUCUGAAAAUCCUACCAAAAGUUGCCCAAGCUUCAUAACUUCAAUAAUUUGGAAGCUUGAAUGUAAUAUUUCUUUCCUUUCCAAAAGUAUCGUUUCUCCUGUAGUUAUGAACAGUGAUAUAGAAUCUGUAGAGGCUUUGAUUACAUGAAGGUGAGACUGAAAUGUUACAUAACUGAAGGGUUUUUUUGUUUGUUUGUUUGUUUGUUUUUUGAGGUAUUAGUAGUCUUAUCUUUCUGUUAACAUUGCUGAUGUCAACAGUUAUGAGGUAAAAUCAGAAUUAGGGCCAUAAGUGCAUGAAGUCUGCAAAGAAAUGUUAAUAUUUUGAGUUCCUUUUGCAUUGGCUAAAGUUCUAGGAAACUGCAUCAGAGCAAAUGUUAGAAAAGGGCAAAGAUAAUUUUGUGUGGGUUCUUAAAAACAGCACUUCAGUGUAUAUCAGGUAGGCCUUGUUUCUGAAUAGCAUUCACAGUAGAAAGCCUCACAAAUUGGCUCCAGCAACAUAUAUUUUAAUGUUUGACAGAGGUUAAUGUUAUCAUUUUUGUUACCCUAACCAUAGUUGCCUUUUUUUUUUCCUCAGCACUGUUUGCUUUUGCUUUGUCCGUUUCUUGUUGUUCUUAAGAACAGAUAUUUGCCAAAACAAAUGUAUGUGAGUGAUAAAAGCCAAGAGGAAUGUCUGUUGGACCACAGGAAAUUUCCUGUGCAGGAAGAGAUCUUGGGAACUUCCUGUGGAGCAGAGCAUUGUGGGUCUGUUGGCAGAAAUCCCUUUACCACAGCUGCAAUUAACUAGAAGAGGGUGGAAAACAGCAUUGCCUUUUGCAGUUCAAACCAGGAGUCUGAACUAGACACUUAAAAAAAUACUGCAUGAACAAAUGUUAAAUCAGAAUUGUGGGUUUGAAGAAGAUUGCUCUCAUAACCAAAGAAAGAGCAAAUAAGAGUGAUACAGAAUUACAGAUCACCUCUGCAUUGUGCUUCAUGCCCACUUUAUACAGUUCUGACUAAUGCGGUGUACUGCAUGGGAGUAUCCCAAGGUUUGGUGCUGCCAGAAGGAGACCUCUUCAAGCUUGGUCUCACACCUGAGAAUUAAGUCUGGCCUCCGUCCCUGCAUUUUGUAGACCACCAGAGCCUGAUACCUCACAGAACCGGUGAGACUUUACUGAUCAGCAUGCACUCUUCAGCAGGGUUUUCCCAUGUCAGUACUAUCCCUGCACCUUGCAUGAAGCUUCCCAGUACUUCCCAGGCAAAUUUAAGACUUCAAAUGAACCAUAUUCCACAUAUUGUAUUAAAUCUGCCUGAUGCCAGAAGCUUGUGUUGGCUGCCAGGUGUUCAGCACAGGAGACCCUUAUUUUUUGAAUCAUUUUUAUUUUUGCCUCUCUCUGGUUAAUGUGUGUCUCUUUCCCCAUCUCCCUCAGUUGCACUUGCAGCAGGCAGGGAGACUGGUUCUGGAGAGCGGAGUGGAGAAGCAAAGGGGGAGCAUGGGGUGCUAUUGUGAAAUAGUGAAAAGGAGGGGAGAAUGUGGACAAUAGUAGGAAAUGUGUGUAGUUCCGUGAGAAGAGAAGAGAAGAGAAGAGAAGAGAAGAGAAGAGAAGAGAAGAGAAGAGAAGAGAAGAGAAGAGAAGAGAAGAGAAGAGAAGAGAAGAGAAGAGAAGAGAAAGAAAAAGAUGUUAGAAACGCAAAUUUUAUAAAAAGGGAAAAUAGGCAUUCUGGAAAUAAAAGUAGUUUUUCUAACAGUAUGUGCAGAGCAUGAUUAAAUCCUACAUAAGGUAAAGAAAAGUCUUUGUCUCAGAGGUUGUUUUGUCUAGCCGUGUUAAACGUAGACACCUAAAAGUCAAUGGCAAUUAGGUACCAGCUUUUUUUGCUGAAGAACCACCUGGGCAUGCUUUGGGAAGUGGAUUUUCAAAGAAGGCUGCAGGUCUGGUGCAGCCGGGGGCAGGAAGUGUCAAACCCAUAAUCAGGUGAUGGUAGAGUGAUCUCCAUAUGGCAGUAUGUCCUAGACUAUAGUCCCCAUGUCAUCUGGGAAGGCUGUCACACAACCUGUCAGUACCAGGCAUUGGCCUUGCUGGAGAAGGUGCCACAGAAAAAGCCACUGAAAUGGUGCUCAGGGCUGUGGUCCAUGCACUCUCCAGAAGUGUCAAACAGCAGCUGAUUCUAACAUUUGAGCUGUAGCCUUGUGAACAAAACUUGAGCACAGUGGUCUCAUCUGGUGGUUGUUUGGUCUUUUUUUUUUUUUUUUUGUCUUUUUUUUCUUUACAGCAUGUGUGUGCACUUUUCUUUUGUACCAAGGAACUCUUUGUUUGCUUGCUAAGUGCUUCCCCACAGGAAAUUUCCUGUGAUGGAAAACUCUGGGGAAACUUCCUGUCAGACAAGAUGCUGCUAGGGGCAGAUAACAGCAAGGCACAAACCCACAAGCCACAGCAGCUGAAGAGGCAUUGCCACCGGGUGCUUUCUGCCGGUGGAGGCUGGGCCACAAGACAAGUCAGCCUCUUUCUUGAGUGAUCUGGGGCAAUAGAGCAGGGGAAAUGCUCAUUGAAAGAUCCAUGGCUGCCGGUGACUGAUAAAAUCUUUACUAAGGCUAGCCAUUGCAGUUGGAUGUUGUUGAAGACAGAUCCUCAGAAGCUACAGACUCAUUUUAUCAUAUGGGACUCCUUCUGGAUCAGCUAGGUCAGCAUUCCCUCAGGCUCUGAAGAAACUCUGUCGUUAAUAAUGCCACUGGAAACCAGAUACCAAGGUUUUACUUAGGUUGUGCCCUAAAAUGCACAAUCAAGUAAGGGAAGCCAUUGCCCUGUGGAAAGAAACCACCUUUCAAAAAGGUUGCUGGUAUCCUAUUGCUUUCCUGAAGAGAGGGCCCUGCAGCCAAAUUGUUUUUGAUCCUAUGGCUGUCCCUGGCAGUCUGUGGAGAAUGUUUUCUUGUCGCUUACUGCCAUUUGCUCUUAUAUUGGUGCAAAAGAAAAAAUAAAAAUAAAAAAUUAGCCUGACUAUCAAAUGACUAUUACUAAGGAUGGCACCAUAGGCUCCAGCAGAGAUAUCCUGUCAUUUCAGGCAAAGGAUGUGGAGGAUAUGGCUCUGCAAGAGUGAGCGGCAACUCUGCAACAGUGAUUCAGUUAGUCCGAAGUUGACAUUGUGAAAUGUAUUUGGGCAAAGCACCCUGGUGUGCUUUUUAGCUAAAGGCACACAGUGCCAGUAGACAUCACAUCUCCUGUGCUGUUAGAUGGGUCUCUGGGGAACACUGAGGCCAAAAAGAGACCUUCAUCCUUCCACAACUCUUGCUGUUUAACUUCUCAGUGUUCCAGCUUCCUCAGAUGCUAGUGUUUCUUCCUGUCCCCAUUGACCUCCGUCAAUAUCAGUGGUGACCAAAUGAGUAAGACUUCAAAGUUGUCACUCUGUCGACCCAGAGGUGCACUUGCUCCAUAAAUGCUAGUAUGAGUUUCCCUCUUAACAAAUCACCCUCUGCCUUCCACAGUGUCGCCUUCAACUCUUUAAAAAUGUUUCUGCAGCACCUCAACUCUCCAUGCUGCUUUCUGUCUUCAUCUGUACCAUACAAUUCUUAAAGUGCUGCUGGUUCCUGAUAACAAUCCUUUUUAUAGUACUCUCAUUUCAGUUUGUGGUCAGUUGCCUAAAUAUUGUCUACACAGCAAGAUUUGUUGUUUGCAUGUAACUCUUGUUUAUUUAUGCCAGGAGUCUGGCAGUUUUACACCAAAAAAUGGACGAGAGAACAGUCUUCCAGGCAUUUUGACCUGAAUCUUCCUGUUUCUCUUCAGAGUUCAACUUCUUAAAUUUAGCAAAGACUUUUAAUUUGCCUCCUGGCUUUUCUGCUUAGUUUAGAAAUUUAAGUUGAAAUCACAUUAAAUUAAGAAGUCCUGAAGCAACUUCUAUAGGUCCAGUUCCCCUUAGAUGAGGAAAGGCAGAUGUUUUAAACUUUCAGUUGUCAAUAUGGCAUAGUUUCAAUAAUCCCUUAAUUCAGCCAGCAGGAACUGUUUCAGUUUCAUUAAUAGAUUUGACUCAUAAAUGUAUGUAUGCUGGCCAGGUAGCCAGCCAGCCAGCCACUGGAUUUGUGAGACAGCCCAACUGUCUGUCAUUUCUUGGCUGACAGGGGACCCCAAUUUGCUAGUGCUGCUUCUAGAUAUGGGGCAGAUAGAAGUGAGACACUGCUUCUGGUUUUCAGGUAAUGAGAAGAAUUGGCUUCAGGGCUAUAUGUAGCCAUCAGUUCUCAUCUUGCCUAACCUGCCAUAUAUCAAAGGCAUCCAGGAAAUAUGACUAGCUCUUUUUGUGGGGUGAAUGGCACUACCGCUUGUUUUUCAGGUUUUCAGACACUUCCCGUGGUAAGAACUUGUUUUUAAUUGUUUUUCAACUUUUUCAUAUUUUAAGUGUUGUGGCUGAUAUUUUCUUUGCCAGGACAGAGAAGAAUACAUUGGUGUUAAACUCUCAAAAGGUCCAAUGUCCCGAGAUUUGAACACACUGGAAAGAAGAGCGUCUCAUGUGCUCUCCAUCUCCCUUUAGCAGGGACUGCAAAUGGGAGAGGAAUCUGCUUAUUCAAGUCAAAAAUGAGGAGAGUUUGAACCCCAGGGAAGAUGAUGGCACAUUCCUGCUGCUGUCAGUUACCUUCUUAGCAAAACCUGGCAGAGGAGAGUAGGUUGGAUCUGAAAGCAUUGGGCCUGCUGCUGACCCAUGCAGGUUUCAUUAUGAUGCCAGGGUGGAAUUUCUGAGAGUUUUUUUUUCCCCAUUACUGAUACUUUAAAAACAAGGGAAAAAAUUACACGCCAUUAUAUAUAUUCUGUGCUACAGAUACUGAUAUCAUAAAGGUGUGGAAAUGUCAAGGUUAAUAUUGCCAUGUAUGUACAUUGAUCCUUCAAUUACACAAGCUUUGCAUAUGCAUUAACACAUGCAGCAUCUAGUAAAGUGGGGACUCCAAUUACUGCAUGGGCAAGUUUGCCAAUUACCAAAAGGAGGAAAGAGGGCAUCCAUAUUGUCAGUAGAGAGGAUAAUUGCACGAGAAGGCUAUUAAGUCUGCAGGGACCAUGAGUCUGCCUAGUGUCAUUAGCGCUCUUAGAGGUCACAGGCUGUCCGUAACCACGUCAGCUUUGGUAACUACAACUGGGCUGGAGUGGUUGUCUUUGAAGCAUGUAAGAGUUUCUGCUUGAGUGUAUUCAGUAUCUGUGGGUUUAUUAGGUAGAAGUGGAGGCCUGUAGCUGAACUCAGGUUUUCCUGAUCCCUUGUCCAGUGUCCUCCUUGCAAGAAGCACCCACCUUCUCUUCCAUUCAUAUUCAGUAUCACUGUGGCAAUUAACUCAGCUGUUUACAUGGAAAAGUAAAAGUAGGAGGAAAAUAUUUAUUAUAUUUUUAGCAGUCUGUAAUGUAAUUUAGCAGAUAGAAAAAACAAGGAGAGGAGCUUUCUGGAGACCACCAAUAUGCGCUUUGUAGGCUGGAGCUGGGGGAUUGAUAAGUUAAAUUAACCGAGGUAAAAGUUGCUGAACAUACUCAUACACCAUCAAGCUGGAAAUUCACUCACAAGAAGACUUGUCAUUAAAAUCACUCAAAUCGAGUAGAGGCCCUUCCAUUGACUGUAGAAGGCUCUAGGUUAAACCCUUUUAUGUCCUAAGAUGUUUGACUGGGAGAUAAGUAUGUGUGUGUUUGUAAAGUUUUGUCAUGCUGUAGUGGUAAGGCGUAAACCUCACUGUGUACAUGGAUGUACCGAGUAAGUGUGCUACAGAAAAUCCAGGAUAAAGCACUGUAUUGUUCAUUCAAAAAAUCUAAUUUGGUUUUAAUAAUUCAUAAUGCUUAGUAACACGCUAGAAAAUGUUUUGUAAUGUAUUGUGUAAACAUAAUAAAGUCUUGGGGAAAUUGGAGUUCACUACAGCUUGGCUACUAAGUAUUUUCACUGAAGCAAAGUGAAACAGCUCAAGGCUGUGAAGUAUGAUCCAGUCGGUAGAUUUGUAAACCGAAAACUCACACUGUUAAUUUGUAAAUACAAAUAGUGCUGUUUGAAAAUGAAAUCAUUAAGAGAGCUUAUAUGUCUGUAAACUUUCUUGGCAUUAAUUUGUAAUGCUGUACAAGUAGCUGUCUUUGGAACAAAAUUCUUCUUAGAAGAAGUCAUCAUUAUAAAUGUUUUACUUUUAUUCCAAAUAUUCUAAGUUGGAAAAAAGAGCUUUUUGCAGUGCUUAUCAGAAAAAUGUUGUAAAUUUUGCUUAUCCCAAAUUCAAAAGAGAUAUCACAGACAUGGAAUAUUUCAUUUUUUACCUUCUUGUUUUUUCAAUGGAUCUGACUUUGCAUAUUCAAACAAAUGUUGUUAGGGGCUCACCAGUCUCCUGAGUGCAUUGAGCUUUCUUUUUUUCUUUUUAUUUUUUUUUCAUUUUCCCCACCACCAUUGGUGGAGACCAAGAUACUGCUUCCUGUAGCAAAAUCUAUGGUGCUGCUUCAUCGUUUCUGUUUUGUUCAGCUUUCAUGAGACAGAGAUUUCAGUAAAAUGCCAGUAAAUUACAUUCUCUUAAUAGCUCUAUUUAAAGAUGACAAUCUAAGGAAACUCUCUGGACAAAAAUAUCAUUUCUCUCCUGUUUGUGUGCAUUACUAAGCAUACUGGUGUUCUGGUUUGUGAUUGCAACUGAAAGACUGCAAUUAUGCAGAAUAAUAAUGCAGAUAUAUUGAAUUAGAUGAUGAGGAUCAUUUGAUUUCUGUUAGCACAAUACCUUCUGGCCCUUCACAUGGACCAGGGCCUCGUUUUGCAAGCUGCUGUAGUUGGUAAAAUAACUGUUCUGUCCUUCUGUACAAGUAGGGCAUCAAUUCCACUGAUUUAUAACUACUGGAUAUUUGCAAGCUGCUAUAAUGACUAAUAAACAAACAAAACAAAGCAAGGGAUUGCAUUGUCAGUGAGAAUUUCAGAAUGUGUCAAAAUGUCAGCAUAAUCCUUUCCAGAAGAAAGAAUUUGGAAUUAAAGAUAAUCUCCCAGGUUAAAGAUACACACUUUUGAAAAAAAAAGAAAGACAGCUUUUUCAGCCGCUUCUUUCCCUGAAAAACAGAAAUCCAAUCGGGGCAUCUCCCUAAAAUAACUUGAACUGCUUUUCUAAGUAAACGCUCACAGGAAUGAGAGUUAAACGGUGCAAACCUUGAUGUCUUAAUGCCAUAUUUACUUAAACUGAUGCACUUAAAUAUUCGUCUUCCUUUUGAGUAUUUAUAGGAUUUGCUUUACAAUUCCAAGUCUAUUUCAAUUUUUCACUACAGGUAUGAAUCUCAAUUACAUUUCUGUGUAGAAUUGCUUUGAGUUUGAAUAAAUUUCAAUUGUUUCAUUUAAAUACAAUCAAGAGGCUUUCAUUUUAAAGUAGAAAGAUAAACCACAACCAUUUUGAUUGAAUUUGAAAAAAAAGCUUUGCAGAGAAAGAGGAAUUCUUUUCACACCAACACUGCAAUUUUCUUUAUUUAAUGCUGUGCAAAUAAGAAUAGAGUUACCUUAAUAUACUGGCUCUUUACAAGAAAUAAAAAUAAAUCUAGAAUGUAUAGCUGAAUGAAUGUUGGGAUUAACGACAGAUAAGGUUUUCCUAGGGCUUCUCUGACACACAGAGAAGUGUCUGAUAACUGAUGAAGUGGAGAGAGGAGGAAAAAUAAGAGAAAAAAUAUAUGCAAAGCCACUUGGGUACAGUUAUGCAAAUGACCUUAUCAGGAUAACCAAAAGGCUUCUGCAUUGUGCCUGCCAAUUAGGAAAUAACAGUGACGGACAUAUGCAGCUCCCUCUUCCUGAGGAGAUGCAGCUUUAGCCUGCGUUGUUGGCAACCACUUUGUGAAAGGAGAUUAAAAAUUCUCUUUUUUUUAUUUCUUUUAAAGAGGUUGGCAGGGAUGCUGAAUGAAUCCUGGACAGGGCAAGCACUGUGAUGAUAUCCUGGUACCAUUUUUUCAAUUUCAUUUGUACUUUAGCAACCCAAAAGAGCAAAGGGACCGCUGGGCUUUGACGGGGUAAAGAAAUAGUUCCACAUUUCUUCGAAGGCUUCACAGAACUUUCUGUAUUGGCAUCUCUCCAUCCUGACUGCCCCUCCGAAGACAGAAGGGGAGAAAGAACACUUCCUGCUGCAUGGCCAAGCUCUAUCUGCCCCUUCCAGCUGUACUGUCCUCUUUUUCUCAUCCUUUACGAUUGAAUCCACUCUCACUUAUCAUUCAGCUGAGUGGAAUAAGCUCAUGGUGGUAUGAUGUGUCUGUGAAGACCCUUUGUGUACCUGAGUUGACUGAAGGCAGCCUGAAAAUUUGUGCUCAAGAGCUGAAUUCUGGAUUGGAUGCACCUCAAGGGUGUGUUUACUGCUCCCCAGACAGAAAGGAUGACUGACUGAGUAGUGUUAAAGGGUGAAAAAGAAAAGAAAAAAACAACAAACAAAAACAGUGCAAUCUUUCUGCAACUUAAAGCAGAACUGUAUGCCAGAGUGGGAACCCAUACAUUUUGUCUUUCUCUUUUUGCCGCUGUGGGGGGUAUGCUGGGAGAGAGAGCAAUAGCAUCCUGAGUGGAAGAACAGGAUUUAGUGGGGCUAACGGUCAAAAGCAGUGUGUGCAUUGGAGCUACCAGGAGGGAGCAUGCUCUGAGAGAGGUAUUCCUCAGGAAAGUACCUAACCAAAGCUCCCAGCAUUGAAGGUCUAUCUUAUUGCAAAAGGUUGUGCAGAGGUCAGCUAAGAUCAUACAGAACUGUCAGUGAACUGAACGAAACAGAAAAGUUUGGUGUUGGGGAGUUGUGCUCCCUCCAUCCCUGUUGGGGUCAGUGCUCCAUCUGCCUCUGUCAUCAGUGAUAUCUGGGGUGUGCUUAUCUAUCUUCUGCAAAAAUAACAAAAAAGGAGUUAUGCCUCAGAAACACUGGUAUUUUGUGUAACUUUGCCCUCAGUAGUGAAAAUCCCUUCUCUGGACACCAAACUGAGGAGACAACAGUAUGCUCACAUACACACAAAAAUCUCAGUGUGCACUAUCGUUGACUCUUUGACCUUAUCAGUGCAUAUCCAAGUCCAUUCUUUAGGAUCCCUUCUUUGUUCUUAAGUUUUCAAAAUCUUUUUUUUCCUUCAAAGCUAGUUCCUAUGUGGAAUUUUUAAUACUCCUGACUGAGAGCAACCUGUUUCCCUGUGUCGUUUUUAUAUGUUAGCAAUUGUAAUUCCUACAAGGAUGCUUUUUAGUAACGGGGAAGGCAGUGAAGCGGCACGUGUUAUGCAUGCCAGCCCCUCUUGUACACACAGAGGCUUACAUAUUUCUGGAAGAGAAUGGAAAAACAGAAUAAUAGUGCGGUGAUUUUUUUUUUUUUUUCAAGCAUGCUGCUCACUUUUUGUUUACUUUCUGAUAACACCAAGGUAUUUACGUGCAAACAAAAGACUCCUCUUGCCGAAUCAGCCACCUCCUCCUCCUACCUGGUUCCAUCAGCCAAGUUGCAGAAGCAUGACUGUGACAGCACUAAAUAAAUAAGGGUGAGGUUGGCCUGGCAAGAGAAAGCUCCUCUUCACACUGUAUGCACACCUCAGAGAUUCGGGGUGGGGGAAGAGAAAAUCUAGAUAAAGUUUAAAACGAGACAUCAACAAACCAUGCUAUUAAAAAAGUCAUCAUGCUUUCUUUUGAAGGUUAAUUUUAAAGUCAAGUUGUGUUUCAGGACCUAGAAAUUUAAAAAUUUGUUCAGGCUGGGGAAUAGGCAUUAUUGGACAGGACUAUCUUAAGAGCUGCCCAUUGCAACUGACUCUAAGGGAUGUAUAAGAAAAAAAAUAGUAUAAUUUGCUAUGGAAUAGAAACCUUUUUUCUGAAUUUCCGUUGUUUGAUUGUCCAAACACCUGGAUAGCAAGGGCAUAAAUCCUUUCAGAAAUUGCAUUAAUAUCCUCAGAAAGUCUGUAUGGUGUCAAACGUGGGACAGUGUGUUCGUGAACAUUUGAGUCCAUAUGCUCUACAUUUAUUAUCUGCCAGAGUGGUGUGAGACAUCUAGAGUCUGCAGAUUUUUUCAGGGUUUCACGGAUAAUUUUUUUUGGCAGUUUGCAUUCCCUAAUAUCAUUCUGUGUGAAAUUGCUGAAGGAGAGACUUCUACCUCCCUCAAAUUGACAGUAUUCCCAUGUCUGCAUUUCUGUACCAUGCUGUCAGUGCUAAGGCAGUUGACCCCAGUCACGUGAAAAAAUAAAAAUCAUGUUAAUAAGCAAAGCAUUUCACAGAAGUAGUGUUCCACUUCUAGCUUAGUUCCUAGCUAAGGAAAAGACCUGGAAUAUCAUCUUGCUUUGCACUGAUAACAUUAGUUUAGUAACUUAUGUAAUGUAGAAAUUGUAGAGACAGGCAUGAAGAGUUAGGGCAACCUAAAAAGUUAGGUUAGAAGGCAUCCAUUUUUAAAACAUGCGUUACUAUCCUUCACUAAUAUGCGUGUUUGCUUCUCACUCUCUUAACUUCUCAAGUCUCUCUUUCUACUCCCUUUGCUCCCUGCCAUCUCCUUCCCAUACAAAUGCAUGCUUUAAUCCCCAGCCUAAGAAGCUUAUAAGCAGUUGAAAUCUGGAUUUGACUCCUGUGUUCUGGAUAUCCAGAAACUUCCAUCCUGUUGAUCUAAUAUGGAAGAACUUUUCCAAAAAUUGCUCUUGCUAGAAUGGUUGGCAGAAGCAGCUUUCAUGGGUACUUAGUUUAUGGCACAGAGAGAGGAGAUGCAGGCAAGCAUUUCUUAGUAAUGCAGAAGACACUGCAUCAGAGAUGGCCAAAUUCAGACAAGUCCAGAUGCAUGACCAGUAGAUUCAAAGAAUGACUUUUUAAUAAGAUGUUUCCUCUUGUGCAAGUUGGUUGUGAAUCAGUCUUCCCAGGAGAGCAGAAACUUGAGACGACUUGGAAGUUAUGGUACUAAAGAAUGAAGCUAAACUGGUUUGGACUUGGUAAACCAAGCAAGUCUUGAAGGAUAGGAAGAAUAGAAGAGAGAAUACUACCUUAUUGAGAGAUACUUCUGUUGCAUUCCUGACUUUCAUGUGUGAUUGUGAAAGUCUUGAGUUUUUGUGAAUAGAAAUUGUGUGUGGACAGAUAUACCUACAAAUCUGGAUUUCCAUAUCAGGUAAGAUAUGUAAUUUGGGAAGCAUCCAUCAUAGAACUGCCUUCAGUUUGCCAAAAUAAGAGGAAGUGCUACUAUGAAAACUGUAAUCAGGCAAGCUGAUGAAAGAGUAAUUCAGGCACAUUUUCACAGUAUCCACUUGGUUUAAGAGAACAUGGGGAUUCCAGUAGUUUCAGUUGGUUCCCAAGGGGACCAGCAUUGUCUGCACACCAUCAUAUUGUUUGCUUUGUUUGCGCAUUCGAUCCCUUUCCUGUCCUGUCUACUUAUAUUGUUAUGUCCUCCAGGCAGGGAUUUCUCCUUUUUAAUACUAGCAGGCACAAACGUAAGUAAUGUACAGAAGCCAUCAGGUGUUAUGGUGUGAUGUCAUUUGAGUCUUUUACAAUACUUAAACUAGGAAAGGUAAUCAUGCUGCUCACCUUCCCUUCCUUUCAAAAGAAGAGUCACUUGUUAGUGGGACUGCGAGGGGUAACUUUCAUACCCCUCCCUUCUGUCACUAGUUGAUCUGACCUCAGUUGGAUCCCUGAUUUGUGCCUAGGGACAUGUGUCCCCAUGGUGGAGGCUCUGGGACACCGAACUGCAGCACAUAGUGCCCCUCUCAAGAGACACGGGUCUCUUUGCCCCUCACAUCUGCAGGGGGUAGCUGGAGAUAGCAAGCAUAGGGAUGGCCAUUCUUUGUGGGAUAGGAAGGGUGGAAAGAAGGGCAGCAAAAGAUAGCUUCACUGAUGAAGUCAUUAGGUCUCUCUACUAGCACAAUGGGUUUACAGAGUAUUAGCAGUUGAGAAGCAGUGGUGCUAUCAGUUACUCUAAUUUCUGGGUAUGCAGUUUCUCACACAGCACCUUUACCUUUGCAAGAAAACAAAAAAGCAGGAUGAGAUAGAACUUCCUUGUGAAUUAUCCAUUUGUUUUCAUUCAAAGUUUGAUCCUCUACUGGAAGUGCAUGAGGAAAUUAUUUGCCUCUAUUGACAUUGCUGUUAUUUUUCCAGUCCUGAAAGCAAACCUUUCUCAGUGACAUCAUCAAGAUUAAGCUCAAAUAAUACAGUGAGCCUAUGCAUUUUUCAGGGGCGCUGUGUUCUGUAGCAAUAUUGGUUGAAGCAUUUCCUCCCUUCUCAGUCACCACUUCCAGCUGUUACUCUUUUUUGUGAUUUGUCACUGUCUCAACUGGUUGUGUUGACCUGGUAGUGCAGUCUUGACUGUUAUUGCAACUGAGCUCUUAAUCAGCCCAGAAAGCUGGUCUGGCAGAUGCCAGCGUACGUGUGUACUUAUAUACAGAUUUUCUCUCUCAUCAAAACCGCAGUAUAAUCUUACCAAUUUCACUGGCAUAUCAGAGGAAGUGGGCAAAGACCUGCCACUGAGCAAUGGCCUGCAAGGAGCUUGCUUGAAGGACAGUGUGGUCAGUGCUGACAUCCCAAUGUCAAGGUAGAAAUUACCAUCUUUGUACCAACUCCUUUAUACUAGAUAGAAUAACUGAAUACUGUUCUGAUAUCACCACUUGGGGAGCGGCAAUAUUUCCCUCAAGCACACUACUCAUACAAGACUCCUGUGAAGCUGGAGGGGUGAAACUGAAGUAUGUCCUGUCACUGUUAUGGGUGAGCAGUUGGCUGAUGGGUUGGACCCAAAGGGUUGUAAGUAAUGGGGUUCCAUCAGGCUGGUGACCAGUUGCUAGUGUGGUUCUCCAGGGCUCCAUUUUUGGGCCAGUUCUCUUUAGGAGUUGGACUUGAUCCUUACAGGUCCCUUCCAACUGAAUAUUCUGUGACUCUAUGAUUUCAUGUAUUUCUGAAAUCUCAGGCUCAGGCUCGUAGCUGUACAGCGUGCCCAAGAACUUGCUGAAGCCCUGGUACCCCCAUACCUCCACAUGAAGUAGCUACUAUGGGGUCAAGUGGCUGUGCUGAGCAUGCAGCGGAUGUUUAGGCCCUUGUGACUGGCACCUCAAGGGGCUAGCUCAGAGAGCAACCCAGAGAUGGCUGCAAGCCAUCUUUGAGACAAACAGUACAGCAGCCUGUCUCCAGUCUGACGAGCCAGCAAACGAGAUCUUGAGUUCCAUCCUAAUUAAUACUGAUUGCUGAUUGCUUGAACAGUAUUCUUAAGUGGUCCCAAAUAGAAGUAAUGUCUUAACUUCCUGUGACUUCUACAGAAGCCUGUUUUUGGAGGGGCUUAUAUGAAAAGUUAGUGAAUGUGCUGACUAGCUUCAGAGCAAGCAGGAGUUAAACCCUGGAGAGGAAGCAAUUCUUAAGCUGCAGCGAAGAUAAUCAUGAUAAUUUAUCAUCUGAUAAUCAAAGAGCACACACUUAAUUUGUUCUCAUUAUCAAUGUAUUUCAAGCACAAGUACCUUAGUACAAGAAGCCUGCCUAUGCACAGGCUGCACUGGAAGGGUAGAGAUAAAGAGCCCCAUGCAAAUGCAGUGAGGCUACUUCUGUAUAGGAGAUGUGUUAUGGUGCAGUGUGGAGUCCAUCCCAGUGGCUUCCUUAUCCCCCUGCUUGUGGAGAAGGAUCUUUAGCAUAUAGAACUGUUGUUUUAAGCUUCUGACCUUCCUCUAGGACAGCAGUGUCUUCUUUAAGAAAUGACUGACAGUACAUGAGAGCUGCAGGGAUUUGGUUCAUUAAGGAACCAUCAAGAAGUAAAGCUAAAUCUGGAUGUUUUUAACCAUGUCGAAACUCUGGCUUGCAGCAUCUUGGGAGCUGAAAGUGUCUGCAGCACACUGAGAGCAGGCUUUUACCUGCAAAGCCUGAGAUAUGGCUCAAAACCGAGUACAGCACGCAGUCUCUAGACCUGAAAUUUACACCGUUUCCCCUAGUUAUUUAAUAUUUAAUGUUACCUGAAGGCAGGUCUUUCUGUAAAGGACAGAAGAGCUAAUAUACUGGUGGACUGAAGUAGUCUUUUUUAGCCCUCCUGGAUUAGGGGUCUGAAGACAGAGACACCUUGCAUAGACAGAGAUCCAAAAAUGAAAUCAGUUUAAGUAAAUGCUGCUGGUAAAUUUUUUGCUGUGCUGCUUUACUUGACGGCUACAGGCAGAGUAAGCCAUAGGUCUGGCUGCACUGCCAGAAUCUGCUUUUCCUGUAGUACCACAGAUGCGGCUGCAGCUCAUGAGACUUGGAGACCUGGUGCUGAGAAGCCAACGUGACAUCUUGCUGUCACAGUUUAGGCUGUUGUGUAGUGAGGCUGGCCUCACGUUCCCUGGAAACAGCCUGGAAAACAUGCUCUUUGUGUAUUCUCUCCCCCCCCUCCAGCUCUCACAAUCAUGGUUGAGUUAGAAAACAAAGUCGUAGCCAAAAUUCCUCAAGGGAAUGGGACCCAGCCUCAUCACGAUGUGAGCCUCUGAGAACAAAAUCUCCCUGUGAGAAGAAAGCAGCUUCUUAAUACAGGAGGAUUACGAUGUCUUGCUGUGUUGGUGGUGGUGUUUUGCUGGCGUGUGAGACUGAGAUUUCAGAACUUUCCGCUUGAUUCAGCUGCACAAAAAGGACUUCCUGACCUCUCUUCUGAAACUGUAGAGUCACCUAUAAGUUUGCAGCUGCUGGAAGAUCAAAGUGACCACGCUGAUAUUAGGUUAAACUGACGAAUUACAGAAAGAACCGUCUUAAUUUUAGCAACUGCACUGAUUGUAACUAGCAACUACUUCUUCGGUUUUUCAUAUCUUUCUGGAGUGCUGACAGGAUGCACAGAACCGGGGCUUUCGGUUCCAUCACCAGCAUGACUUCUCCAUAUUCUAAGCAUGGCACAUACAGCAAUUAGGCAGCAGGCAAAAGACUUAAGUAAAACCGUAUGUGGGCCAAAAUGAGCAAGAUCUAUUUAUUUCUAAUUACUUACAAAUCCUCAGCACCCCAGCCAGGGAUCCAGGCUGUAUUGUGUUAAAAAGAAAAAAAUAAGCAGACUCCAGUGUAAUAGCAAUGCAUUCUAAUACAUUUUUGAGUGACAAGGGUUUGGUGUAAAAAUCACUUUUGCCUGAGUAAGUGCCACAAGAAGUAGGAAGGAAAUGUUUUUCUUAACUAAGGGUAUAAAGAUGCCUUGCAUUUGUGCAGUUGUAAAGAGAAGCAAGAUAUAGUUCCUGGAUUCAAUUCCUACCAUAACAGAUUUGGUGUAUGGGCAGGUGUCCAAUGAUUUCGUGCCUCACAUUAUAAAAAAGAUACGAUAAUGUAAUCUGUCCUCAGUUGAAGGGCCCUUGGUAGUGUAAAUAUGCAAGUGUUACUGGUAGUAGUAUCCCAUGGAUGGAACAGUAACUGCGGUCAAUAUAGGAAAACUUUAAAGAAUCGUUUUUAGGUCUGAAUUUUGACCUCGAUUAAAAUGAAUUGUUCUGAAAAAAUAAAGAGGUGCUGAGAAAUAAAUUAUUUUUUUAAAAAUCUCCUAGGUUUCUGCUUGCAAAACCUCUUGCUUCUUUCAGCGUGGUCGUUUGAGCUAGCUAACACAUGUCAUUGUCAAGGCUCAGCUAGUUUUGUUUAGGAUACAGUUUUUGCACAUACAAGGAAAAAAGCUACAGAAGACGUUUCUUUCAGCUCCUUUUGGAAGGGAGCAGUAGGAAAGCAAUGUCUGCUCCAUGGAAAAUGGCCAAAAAUUGGGUGAGAAGCAGUCAGAAGUGGAUUAAGACUUCAGCUGGGAGCAGAUCCAAACCGACAUUUCCCCAUUCCCCAUCCCCCUGCCAGCUGUUUCUGUUGCACGAGCUGCUCUGAUAGGAAUCCCAUGGUCACCUGCCCUCUGACUGUGGUCACUACAAGACCAAGGAGAAGAGUCAUCUUGCACUCAGGCAGUUUUUUCUGUGUGUGGCAACUGUGGUAGCAGCCGCAGUCAGCUGGCUGACGGUGUGCUGGCAGCGUCUUGCUGACUCUGUCACGCUCUGGCCUUCUCCAAAUGUGGUACCCAGAUGCAAAAAAGCCAGCCUUCGUUCCCCCCUGGAAGGAGUGCUCUUGCUGGGCUUCUAGGAAGGUUUUUCGCCAACCCUGCAAAAGGAAGCUGGAGUCGUUCUGCGUGGUUCUUGAAAGCUCUUGGACAUGGCUCAUGGAAUGAGUGCCUGGAAAACAGGCUGGUCUUUUCAUCACCUCUGUGGCUGCUUGCAUCUUUGGCUGGUUUGCAGCCCGUUUACUGGAGCAGGGACGACGUCGCACAGUGGCUCAGGUGGGCAGAGAAGGAGUUUUCCCUGAGGCCGAUCGAGAGCAACACUUUUGAGAUGAAUGGCAAGGCUCUGUUGCUCCUGACCAAAGAGGACUUUCGAUACAGAUCUCCUCAUUCAGGUGAUGUUCUGUAUGAACUCCUUCAGCAUAUUCUGAAGCAAAGGAAGUCUCGUAUGCUGUUCUCACCUUUCUUCCAUCCUGGGAACUCUAUCCAUGCUCAGUCGGAGGUUUUAUUACAUCAAAACCAUGAUGAAGAUAGCUUUGUCCAGAGACCUUCAAGACCAUCCACAGAAGCAGUCCACCACAGCACCCCAACCAUUGAACUGUUGCAUCGUUCUAGAUCACCCAUCACCAACAACCACCGUCCAUCACCAGAUUCCGAUCAGCGGCCACUGAAGUCGCCUAUGGACAACACUGUCCGUCACCUCUCCCCAGCCGACAGGGUGCCAGGGGCAAGGUAUCAUCAAGAGAACAACCACCAGGAGCCCUAUCCUCUCUCAGUGUCCCCGAUAGAAAACAACCACUGCCCACCUCCUCCUGAGGUGCUUCAGAAGCCCUCCAGCCCUCGCCAGGAGAACACCAGGGUCAUCCAGCUGAUGCCCAGUCCUAUCAUGCAUCCUUUGAUACUGAACCCCAGGCACUCUGAUUUCAAACCACCGAGGUUGUCUGAGGAUGGGCUGCACAGGGAGGUAAAGCCAAUCAACCUGUCCCACCGAGAAGAGUUAGCUUAUAUGAACCACAUCAUGGUGUCUGUAUCUCCUCCUGAGGACCAUGCAAUGCCAAUUGGAAGAAUAGCAGACUGUAGGUUGCUUUGGGAUUAUGUUUAUCAGCUGCUUUCUGACAGCCGGUACGAAAAUUUCAUCCGAUGGGAAGAUAAGGAAUCCAAAAUUUUUCGGAUAGUGGAUCCCAAUGGGCUGGCCCGGCUGUGGGGAAACCACAAGAACAGAACAAAUAUGACUUAUGAGAAAAUGUCCAGAGCCCUACGCCAUUACUACAAACUAAAUAUUAUCCGGAAGGAGCCAGGACAAAGGCUUUUGUUCAGGUUCAUGAAGACCCCAGAUGAGAUUAUGAGUGGCCGAACAGACCGCCUUGAGCACCUUGAAUCCCAGGCACUGGAUGAACAAAUAUACCAAGAAGAUGAGUGCUGAAGGGAAUUGGUGCACCACCUCUGUGGGUUUAUGUGAGAAACAUCUGCUUGGAUGGCUGGCACGGUUUGGGAAGGGAAGCAACCCCACAGAAGCAGUAGUGGGGGUCUCCGCUUAGCUUGAAGACCAUGCAGGACCUGAAGCACCUUAACAAAACAAACUAACAGGCAGAAGUGGUGCUGGCAGAAAAGUAAAUGGGAGAAAGCCUGGACUUACGCACUACUUCACUGUUCCUACCAAGUCUCCCUCAAGUUCUUUCUUUCUUUUUGGUUUGUUUUAAGUUUUUGUUUUUUGUUUCUUUGGUGGUUUUUUUUUUGUUGUUGUUGUUGUUUGUUUUUUGUUUUUUUUCCCCCUAAUAAACAUGUAGUUUGACUUCCCUUUUCUCA